AUGACUCCCCAGCAGAAAGCCAGCUUGUCACCACAGGGGCAGAGUGAGCAGGAUUUGGGAGCCUGUCCUCCCACCCAGGAGUGGAGCAAGGCAAGUACUUGAAUGGUGUGAAAGGAGGCUGAAGGUGCAGAGAGUCUGUGUCAAGAGGUACAGCUGGGCUGGCUGUUCCAUGUGUCUAGAGAAGUUACCUCUCUGUCCGGGCUGGAACGGCUCGUCCCCACAUUCCUUCCUGGACGUUUCACUUUUUCCAAUUUGUUUUUCUUCCCCUUCCCUUCUAUUUAUUGCUCGUGUGCUCAUUUCUCCGCCAGCUUCCCCUGAUGAGCCGCUCCUGAAUCCUGGCUUAUUUUCUUUUACUUGAUCGUACCGCAGAAUCUGCUGAACCCGCAGCUGCUUCCUCCGACCAUACGUAUUUCCCCGCACCGGGAUAAACUUUCCGUGCUUAGCUAGACGGUGUGUAACCACUAGACCUGUCCAACACACUUUCCUCUCGGCAGCCAACACAUCUCUGUGCGCAGAGUACAUGCUUAUACAAUGGUUCUCUGUGUGCUGUUCUUGUGCAUGCCAUAUAUCAUGCACAUGCUAAAACAGACAGGUCUACCACUUUGAAGUGCUUCUGAAUACCAGUUGCUGGAAACCACAGGGGCAAAAGUUGCCCUUGAGCAUCCCACUGGGGCAUCUGGUAGGCCCCUGUGAGAACAGAACGCUGGACUAGAUGGGCCAUUGGUCCAAUCCAGCAGGCUCUUAUCCGUUAGACAAUAUUUGCUCAGCACACCCAUUAGGCAGAAUUCCAUAAAUAUGUUUGUGGUUUACCGAGACUGAAUAAUAUAAUCACAGACUGAUUCAUGGCUUGACAUUUCAGGGCCAUUUCACACAUUCCCUGGACAAUAUAAACCCAGAUUUAUAUCCAACCCACAGCCAGUUCUCUACUCCUGGAAGAGUGUAACUGUCCAAUAUGCAUAUUUUAAAGCACCUGUCAGUCACACUGACAGCUCACAUUCUGAAAACUGUCUAAGACUAUCAGUAGCUACAUGGUGGCUAUGCUCUGAUCAGAAGCAGUAAUUCUUCUGAAUACCAGUUGCUGGAGACUACAGGAGGGGAGUGGGCUCUUGUGUUCAGGUGCUGCUUGCUGGUUUCCCACAGGCAUCUGGUUGGCCACUGGAUGCUACACUAGAUGGGCCACUUGUCUGAUCCCGAAGAGCUCUUCUUCCUUUCUUCUGUUUAAGUAGACACCUGAAAAUUGCAAAGCAUAAAGAGGUAUUUCGUGUAAAGCUGUUGGGAGUUUUUUGCUAACCUGGAUGGUUAAGACCAUGACUUUAUUCUACUUGAAUUCUUCAUUCAAAUGUUUCAAGGGGACAUCUACUUAGGGUGGCCAUGUGUCCUACAUUCCCAGAAAAGAGUACUGUAUUUGAUGAGCUGUCCGCUUUAACAGCAGAAAACCCUAAGAAGCAAGAGCAAGUUGUACACCAACAGUUAGGACCUUGGCAGCAGACUAAGCAGAGAUGGAUAUAUGCAUUUCUGUUUAAAUUAUAGUAAUCAUUUGCAGUAUAAAUAUAAAUUAGCACAGGGUGAUGCAUUUCCUCUCCUGGAGUGAUGAGUAAGUGGACAGCUUAUACCCACUGGGUAGGAAAUGCCUGGCAAAGAAGGUGCUCAGUUGCUCCAGACCAGCUUACUUGAUGCUUGAAGCAUGAGCCCUCCAAAGUUUAGGUAGACCUGCGCCAGCUGCUGCCCUCCACUUGUAGAGGUGGCCAAAUUUCAUGGUGAGGUGAAUUUCUGUCAACCAAGGCUGCUGUUUUUUAUACUGUUGUUAUACUGUUGUGAUGCUGUUUUGUCUGCUAAUGUUAUAGAACUGAAUGCUGUACAGGUGGUGGUGGUGGUGAGGAACAACAGGUAUACUUGCAGGAGAAAUUAUCCCAUUACCUGAUGCUACUUUAGAUGCCAUAAAAUCCCUCACCUUUCCCCUGAGGAGCUCAAGGUGGCAUAUGUGGUCUUCCUCAUCAUUUAAAUCCCCACAACAAUAUUGUGAGGUGGGUUAGACUGAGAGGCCAUGACCAGCCCCCAAGGUUUUGGAGAACGAGGUUCCUAUUUUUGUGUGGGAGUGUACUGUGGUUCAUGCCUUUUGGGGGAAAGCCUUUUAUCUGACCUCCAAAAUCACUAAACAAUCUAUGUCUCCUCUAAUUCGGCACUUGCCAGGCGUAUCACUGGAUUUGACCCCAAAUUCUACCCUUAAAUCUAAAGAAUUAAUUUCCUUCCUGAAGCUAGGCUAGUUAUUGCCCAAUAUGGAAGGAAACCUCUAAUAUACCAAUAGUGGUUGGGGUUAAUAACAUCUGGAAUAUUGCUCUAUCAGAAUGCCUCACAUAUCACUGGUGAAUAAUCAGGGGCAUCUCCAAAAAGAUACCUUUGACACAAUUCGAUCUCCCUUUUUCUCUUUUAUUGGGAAUGGGAUAUUUUAAUGCCAUAAUCAUUACACAGGUGUCUGUGGCAGUGAUAUAUUGAUUGAAAAAUGUCUAGUAUACCAAAUCAGUAAUUGGGUCCCUAUUGUGGGUAUUUGUUGAGCCAACAUGACAGUGAUGAGGGAUUGAGGAUUGGAGUAAUGUUUCUGUAGGAUUAUGGCAGUGGACAAAGCUGAAGUGUAACUUUUGAAUAAACGUGUGUGUUUUUUAAUAAUAAUAAUAAUAAGUGGCAUACAUGACUGUCCAUAGCCACUGUAUGUCAACAACCCUGGUCACCCAGUGAGCAUUGUAGCUGAAUGGGGAUGGAGUGUCACCUACCACAGAUGUAUGGUAACUAAUUUAUAAGAAAAUCAAUAGCUCACCAAUAAUUGGCUACCUUGUAACAACUCAGAAUCGUCAAUACAAACAAAUGUGACCAAAGGAAAUAGAUUUGAAAUUGAUAUGAGCAGCAAAACCUUAAUACAAAAUAAGGAAGGUGUUUUGUGCCAGAAUCCAACUUGGUAUAUUGUAAAUAAGCAAUAAAUGCUCUCAGAGGGGCUCAUCUCCAACUCCCCCCCCCCCCGCUGCCCCCUUGACUUUUAGCUCUCCCGUAGGUCCUCCCACUGUCCUCCAGGGGGCGGUACCAUCCACUUUGGGGACCACUGCCAUACACUACCAUGCAAAGACAUUUCCCUUCCCAGUGACUGUCCCUGUCACUCUCCAGCUCUUGCAGCUGCAGGCAUCUAUUUCUUUAGUAUUACUAGCCAGAGUGGUGCAGUGGUCAGAGUGUCAGACUAGGACACUCCAUCCCCAUUCAGGUGAAGGUUUUUGCAUAUUUGGUAAGUCGUUAUAUAUUAAUAUUUUGUGCUGCAAAUUUGCUUCACCCUUAUGUUUUUGUUAGUAAGAAUAUGUAAAAAAGACUUUUAUGCAAUAUUCUUUGCCAUUUAUAUUUUUUUCUAAGCUACAGAGCACAUGCUUAUUUUUACAUAGGUUUAUUUUUUGAAUAAGGGAGCACUUAAUUGUUACUCUUCUGAAUUUUACUGUGUUAGCAUCCUCCUUAGUGGAUCAUGCAAAGCCCUAUUCUAAAUAAUGCUUUGACAGGGUAGGGGGCUCUGGUGAUGAUUUCAGGGAAGCAGGGGACAGUGGUCCGAAAAAGUUUAGGAACCACACUGGUCAGUGGAUACACAGUGCUGCCCAUUUGGAGUUUUCUCCUUUCCCCAGGUGCCCCCAGUCUGUCCACAGCACAAGGUUGGCUGCCCUCCCUUCUUUUCUUGUCGUGCCAAAGUGAGAAGAUUCAGAAAUGUUUAAGCCUUGUGUGAAAGGGGAGCUACUUCUAAAUAGCUUGGUGUUAGCUUGGAUAGCUCAUUUGGUUAGAGCACGAUGCUGAUAACACCAAGGUUGCAGGUUCGAUCUCUGUAUGGGACAGCUGCAUAUUUCUGCAUUGCAGAGGGUUGGACUAGAUGAUCCUCAGGGUCCCUUCCAACUCUACAAUUCUAUGAUCCUUGCUCUGAAUAUUAUUGCUCCCUUCGAGUCCAUUCCUGCAUACCAGUGCGGAUAUGAAAGGUCAGGUCCGUCCCGUCCCCCCACCCAGUAGGAUUUACACUAGGGUAGUUACAAAAUCCCCAUCUCUGUUCCUUCAUUUUUGCAGCCCAGUCUCAGGUGGGGGGUCAUUUUGGUGAUUUUUCAGAAAGGUGUGGAAUUCAGCAUGGUGGGGCGAAUGUUAUUACCAUCAUUAUCAUAGUCAUUUAUUUAGACCCCACCUUUUGCCCUGACAGGGUUCAGGGUGACUAACAGAUAAAAACAAGAACCACUAAAAAUAGGGGGGAAACAAUACAGUGGUACCUCGGGUUACAUACGCUUCAGGUUACACACUCCGCUAACCCAGAAAUAGUGCUUCAGGUUAAGAACUUUGCUUCAGGAUGAGAACAGAAAUCGUGCUCCAGCGGCGCAGCAGCAGCGGGAGUUCCCAUUAGCUAAAGUGGUGCUUCAGGUUAAGAACAGUUUCAGGUUAAGUACAGACCUCCAGAAUGAAUUAAGUACUUAACCUGAGGUACCACUGUAAUCAAAAAACAUUGAUAGAAUUAAAACUAUAUACACAUACACAAUCUUAUUAGAAACAUACAGAUAAUUACCAUAAAACCAGCAUGGUGACAGCCCUUUCAUUAAAAGCAGCCAGUUCUCAAAAGAAGGACUUCACCUGCCAGCAGAAGGCCAGCAAGGAGGGAGCCAGUCUAACUUCUCUAGGGAGGGAGUUCCAAAGUUGUCUGGGAGCAGCCAUCACCCAGAAGUCUCUCAGGUCCUGGGCCCCCAUGAAGUGUGCCUGUGAGGGUGGUGGGACUGAGGGAAGGGAACCCAGGCAGGUUCCUAUAAGGGAAUAAUGUAUUUCAAAUAGCUUGGGCCUAAGCUGUGUAACAAUAACACCCUGCACUCCUUUCCUCUUGGUAAAUGGUUGCUGGUGGGUGGUGGCAAAUAUUUAUUUUAUUUGCAAUCAGAAGAAUAGGAUGGGCCCCUAUGAAAGAUAUCUCAUGUAUCCAAGAGUAAAGAGGCGCAUCUGUGGCACACUACGGAAGCUAUGCCAUGUGAAUGCCUGACUAAAUAGCACCAUAUCUCCUGGGCCACUUUCCCCUGCCUUGCAGCUGCCGUUUCCCUGCCAACCCCCGGAAUAUCCAUGGAGUGACAUGGGCUGCAUUCACACAGCAGUCUAUGCCAUUUCACUUAUGUUUAUUUCCAAAUUAUUUAAAUUUGUAUACUACCCUUUAUCUAUAGAUCUCAGGCUGGUCCAUAACAUAAGAUUACAAUAUAAAAAGCACAAAAUGAUUCAUUCUCUCCUACUACCUGUUGCAUCUAGGCUGCAACUGGUCAGUUUCAGUGCAAGCCUAUGAUUGCUGGCUGCAUCUUGCCUUCUCCCUAUCAUGCUACUUUGGUAAGUAGUUUGAUAGGGAGAAGGUCCUGAGUGUGUGUGGCUCUGCUCAUGGAUUUUCAGAAUGACUUUUUAAUGGCUUAAGAAAAAGAAGGAGCUUGGUAUAUUACAAGACCAAACUACAUUGCAAGGUGGGUCAUUAACAGACUGAUCAACAAAGACCUGAAAUUUAAUAAACAGUGUAUGUAAAACAUUAGAACCAAAUGUUGUUUGACUCCCAACUCCCACCAUCCCUGAUGAUUCUGGAAACCUAGCAGAAUAUAGUGGAAGUUUAGGACUGAUUUUUGUAUUAAUUGCUUGCAACCUCAUUGACCGAGAAAAUGGUGAAGGGUAAUGUGAUAAAAUGUCAGGCUCUAAUCUGGCAUGCAGUCCUUUCCUGCUGCUUUCAUGGGGGGGAAUCAUGGGGAAACAGAAGCAAGUAUGUGCAGAAAUAGGGGUGGGGGCGUUGCCCAGUGAUGUAGUGCAGUGUUGUGCCACACCACACCCACUGGUGUGAAUGAAAUUUAUCACCACGUGCCAGCAGACCAGUAAAAAAGCAGCACUUCCAUAACACAACAGUUAGAGUACUGCAGCGUGAAAGGAAUGUUAGAAAACUACCACAGUAUUUCCUGCAUCUGAAUGCACCCCUGGUGUCAGGAAAUGUAACAUCAUUUCAAGGAGACAAGUUGCAGUUGCAGGGGGUGGGGGGGGUGGAGGGCAGCAAGCAAAGGAGGCUAGUGGCACCACCUCUGUUGUCAAACAGCUGGAGUAAAAACACAGAAAAAAGCAGCGUCAAGAAUAAUGGGCCUGUGCCCUAUGGCUAUGGUGUAUGUAGGGCUGGAUCAAAGUCUAGGGCCCUGUAGCCCUGGGACCCCAAAAUGAGCCUGGCAGGUGAUGCAGCACACACGGUUGCUGAGCUUUUUUUUUUUUUAGGAAAACCCCAAAAUUGUUGAGGUUUUUGUUCAUUGUUUUUUACUUGCCUAAGAUCCAGAACAAAGCACCACCUUUAGGAAGUUCCUCCCGGACAUUCAUUCCGCCUCUGAAAUCAUGAUAAUGUCCAAGAAAAUCCAGGCAUACGGCAGUCCUACUGAUGUGGGCAUGCCUGGGAGUUGAAGACACCAGGGCUGAUACUUACCACUGUAGCAUCCUUCCUUUCCGCUUAUCUUUUCUUUAAAACAUUUUAUAGCCACGGGGCAGAUACCUGGCCGUGUGCAUGGUUAUAGGUGCUCAUUUUAUCGUUUCUAAUUGGAAAACACACCGGUCUUCUUUUCUACAACAAAAUGCUGAUUAUUAGUCCUAAAGAAAUGUAUUGAAAGCAUAAGGAAGCAUGUCCCAUUUUGUUCCUUUAGUCAUGAUGGUGCUGUGAUCUCAGUGACUUCAAAAUGCAAAACUGCACGUGCUCAGAGUCCUUCCUUUAUUUCUUUUUUUUUAAAAUCAGUGCUGGUAAACCUUUUUAAAAUAUAUAUAUAUAUUGGCUCUAAUGUAGCAGGAAUGUAGAACCAGCUUCAAACGCGGCUAGGCUGUUCUUUUUAUUAAUUCAGAAGCUGGGCGGGGGUGGGCAACACACAUCAAACAAAAUGCAGUAUUUCGUAAGAAACAGCGUGACAGAUACAGGAUAGGUGUGGACUUUGGCUAUGUUUACAACACUUCCCAAACAAACAGUGGGAGUAUACUGCAUGUGUCCACCGGGUCAGUUUUUAUCUGAGCUGUGGCACAUCCGGGCAAGGGGAUUCAAACCAUUGGAUGCCCCUGCAUACAAAACAUUCCCAGUGCAUGGAAAUCCAGAUUGAUCUGCUUUACCCUGCUUUUUCUUAGUGCAAGGGAAUUUGAUGGUGUGAAAGUGGACUAAUGGAGUUGCUCUGCCCAGACACAGGGUUAACCACCUUCAGGAGAACUUAGCCAUGGUGGGCAUCUGGGUGGUUUCCUCUCAGACAUUUAAGGUAAAGGUAAAGGGACCCCUGACCAUUAGGUUCAGUCAUGUCCGACUCUGGGGUUGCGGCGCUCAUUUCGCUUUAUUGGCCGAGGGAGCUGGCAUACGGCUUCCGGGUCAUGUGGCCAGCAUGACUGAGCCGCUUCUGGUGAACCAGAGCAGCGCACAGAAAUGCCGUUUACCUUCCCGCCGGAGUGGUACCUAUUUAUCUACUUGCACUUCAUGCUUUCGAACUGCUAGGUUGGCAGGAGCAGGGACCGAGCAACGGGAGCUCACCCCGUUGCGGGGAUUCGAACCACGACCUUCCAAUCGGCAAGUCCUAGGCUCUGUGGUUUAAUCCACAGCGCCACCUGCGUCCCUCAUUUAGGACAUUUAGGAUGCAGCAAAUGCCUAACACUUUAGAACGGUCCUUUCAGCCUUGUGUCCCUAAUUGGACUGAAACUCCCACCAUCCCUGGCUGUGGAGGCUGGGAAUGAUGGGAGUCAUAGGCCAACAACACCUGGGGACAGGAAAGCUGAAGAACACCAGCUUGGAUGAAAGAAAUUCCCUCCUCCUCCUGAAAGGAAGAACAGUAAAGGUAAAAGCACAUCAAUCCUACCUAGCUUCUGUGGGAAGGAAACAUGAAUCCCUGUGAUCCAUGUGUGUAGGGUGAAUAGCAAGAGAAUCAGCUGGGUGCUUAGAUUCAAAAUGUGAAGCUAAACUCACCCUCCAGCAGAAGAAAUCCCCCAGUAGCAGAUUUUGAAUUCACAAAAGUCAAGCAGCAUUAUAAUGCGGGGAUAUAGGUUAUGCACCCUUUAAUACCACUUAGCUGUAUCCAGAGCUUCCCUCUUUCCUACCCCUCUUAGCACUGAACUGAUCAUAACACUUAAGUAAGUUUCAAAUGUGUUACUUACGAAACAUUCCAAAGGUCAGAUUCAUUCACGUAUCCAGACAGCAGCAAGGAAAACUCAGGCAGAAUACUCUUGGAUACAAUAUACAGAAACGUUGCUUCAAACAUGUGCUCUAAGCUUGGAGCCUGCUUAGGCACGUCUUCUUUGGCCAUUAACAUCAUGUGGAGAGAAAGGGAACAGGAAGAAAAGGCUUCACUUCCUCUCUCAUUUGAGAAGAGGGGGCAUCACUUAGCUGAGUCUAGGAAUCCAGCUCUAUUGUCUUAACCCCUUCACACACUAACUAGCACUCAUGCGUAGUUAUGUUUGACUGCAAUUUCCCAUGGUUUUUAUGUCCAGGCUGCUUCAGGCUGAGCUUGCAGUUGUCUUAUCUGUGCCUCCCCUUCACAUGGAACUGCUAGGUCCUGCAUCUUUUACAGCUGGAUCAUUGAAUCAGUUGUAGCAGAUAAAGCAGGCCUGAUCUCCAAGAGGUCUUGGAAGUUUUAGGGCAAGAAUGAGGAAUCUCUUUACAGACUGGUCUCAGGCCCAGACAUAACUGCAAUUUGCCACUUGUUUGCUAAAUUCACAGGUCUAAUGGUUGGGCCAAGUGUGUAGCCGAACAGCAGAGGGAACUUAAGAGGUGACAGGCUAGAAGUUUACAAAAUCAUGCAAGGCAUAGUGAAAAUUGACUAGAGAAAAGUUUUCCUACCUGUCUCAUAACUCUAGAACUUGUGGACAUCCAAGGAAACUGAAUGUAGGAAUAGAUAAAAAUUAGUCCUUAUUAGUAGUAUUAGUGUUAUUGAAGCAAAAAAAAAAAAAAAAACCCAAUACAAGAAUAGAGAUAGAAAUGCAAAGCAAAACAAACAGUGCAGUAUACUCUCCUUAAACCAGGUAAGCAGAGUACUUAAAACCUUUCCGAAAGCCAAAUUUCACACUACCAUGGAGAAGGGCCCUGGGUGUCUGUAUUUGUUGGAUAUAUGGAAGACUAGAAGGCCCAUUGGCCUGAUCCAACAGACACUUCUUAAGUUCUUCAUUCUGCUCCAGUGCUUUUCAACAGCAAUUUAUUGUACAGAAAUUAGCAGGUUGUAAGUGAUUAUCAAGACCUGGCCAAUCCAGUUUUUCCCAGUCAGUUGGCAAUCCUUUGUCAAGGUGCAUAUGCAAACUAGCCAGAGGGAAAGGAAGAGAGCAGGGUGUGGCUUUUCUCAUGUCUGUACCUGCCCAAAUUCCUUCUUAAUAAUGCCAUUACUUGGCACUUGCCUGUAGCUUUCAGAUGUCCAAAGCACUUAACAUUAUCCCGUCAUCUUACUACAAUCCUGUAAGGUACACCAGUAUUAUUAGUGCCAAGUUGCAAAUGGGAAGUCAAGGGUGAUUGGCUUACCGAAGGGCGGGGGGGGGGGGUGCUUCCAAAAUUCUGCAUCUGAAUUUCAUAGAUGAGUAGAGUUGGAAGAGACCAAAUGGUUAUCUAGUCUACUCCCUUCAGUGCAUGAAUUUGUUCCCAGAUUUUGGAGUUCCAACUUUACCUGAAGAUUUUGCUUCUGAAGUGGAGCUGUGCCUUAGAAAGUUUUUAUCUUUCCUUCCUGCCUCCCCUUCCCAUUUCCAAAUUCUGUACAGAGCACUGCUUUCAGUUCCUUCGCAUCUCUCUCCCCUCUCCCCAUUUUGUGGUGAUAGUAUAUUUUGGUGGUUUUUAAGGUUUACCAGUGAGCACAUAACUCUUGUGUACUGACACACAUCUCAAAGGUGCCUUCCAUCUUGCUCCCUUUUCUCCCUCAGGUGGUGUAUAUACACACCAGUAUACACACACAAGGUGGUGUAUACACACCCAGUUUGGUGUUUUCUAAAGGCGUUUUUGUAACCAUUGCUUUGCAAGUGUCCUUACCUGCAGCCUAUGCAGGCAGCACGAGCAAUUGUUAAAUCAUUGCCAUUUAUAUAUUUGGGCAAAACCUGCACCCAGUUCAUUUUUAAGGCAGGGUCUUGCAAAACAUGUUUCCUGACCAGGAAUUGAACCCGGACCAUGGCGGUAAGAGCGCCGAAUCCUAACCACUAGACCACCAGGGAAUUUUUUUUAAUUACUGCCAUUUGUACCUACAGAAGGUGUAUCCUCUUCGCCUAAAUUGUACAUUUGUUCCUUUGCACCCUCUCCUUUCAACGCUCAACACCUUUUUUGAAUCUCUUGACCCCCGUAAGUUUAUUGAUAAACCGGAAGACUAAUAUCACUGUGCUUAUGUUAGCACUCUGUAUGUCCAGUGGUUUCCUUCCCUUGCAUCAUGCAGGAAACUUUACAACUACAUACCUCUUUUCUUUUGGCAGGGCACUCUAAGUAUGCUCAAAGGCUAUCUGCUCUGGCACAAUGCAUGGCAAAUUACAGUGUUUCAUUUCAAGGUCCCAUAUUUUUUGCCCUAUAGGAUGCACUUUUUCCCCUCCAAAAAUGAAGGGGAAAUGUGUGUGCGUCCUAUGGGGCAAAUACAGGCUUUCGCUGAAGCCUGGAGAGCGAUAGGGGUCGGUGCGCACCGACCCCUCUCGCUCUCCAGGCUUCAGGAAGCUCCGCACAACCCUCGGGAGCCCGGCGCAAAGCCGCGCCGGGCUCCCGAGGGUUGCGCAGAGCUGCCUGCACUCCCGGGCUUGGCGCAGCUCCGCGCAACCCUCCGGAGCCUGGUGCAGCUUCGGCAUCGCUCUGGCUCCCAUUCUGGGGGCUGGGGUCGGGGGAAGCUCAGGCGAAAAAUACGGUACUUGAGUUUUGCUAUGCUCUGAAUCUCCAUGCCCUGGCACUAGACAGGCUGGGACCCAGUUUAAUUUAUUUAACGAGGAGUGCAAAAAAAAGGGGUGGUUGGAAGGCACUUCUGGCUUCCAAUAUAUCUGCUCCUGUUAUACCUAUUAAUUCCAUUGGGGUCAUUGUGGUUUCUCAAAGGGCAACACACAAAAUAGACAUGCCUCAAACCUGUCCAGCUGCCACCAUAAGCAGUCAGAUGCCAUGCUUCUCGGUUGAAAAAAGUUUAUAGGGACUGUGACAUUAAGUUGAUCGAAGCUUUGCAAUUUUAAUAAACUGGAUUCAGCAGCAGCAACAACAACUGAAGUGCCUUUUUGCAGAAUCCACACAUGAUGUUGUUAGCACCAAAAUACUGGCCUGUACUUUUUCAUUUAAUCUGGAUUUACCCUUUCUGGAUAAAAUCCAGUGUGUUGGUUGGUUGUUUUUCAAGUCGGUUGCCGAUGACCCUUUUGCAAUAUCCAUUUACAUCCCCUUUCUGCAAAAACCCUGUGUCUUGACACACAACCUUUUGGAAGAGUCUGCUCUAAGUUCAAAGCGAGACAACAGCUUCCGCCACCCUAGAGAUGGAAGGUGGUUUUAAAGAGCGGUGGCUGCUUCUGAUAUGUGGAUAUCCAUCCUUCUUUCACCUCUGCUCUAAAAAGGUUUUGCAUGGAUUCAAAAACCUGCCAAACCUCUUUGAGCACGUGUGCCAGUCAGUAAUGGGAAGGAAGUAUAUCUGUACAACAUAGAAAAUGAUGCCUCUCCUAACCCGACUUUUAGCCAACUUAAAAUACUAUUGUCUGUCUCCUGCUUUAAAAGAAUGAAUGCAGCAUGUUUUAAAUAAGGCUCUUUCCUGUAAAUUGUAUGCCAACAAACAAGACCUUUUCCACUUAACGUUUCCCUUAAGGGGAACAUUACAGUCAGCUGCCAGUAGUUCUGUGGAGCUGCCUGGGGUGCUAUUUAUUUAUAUACAAACUGGGUGUUGUUAUUAGAAACAGCUGGCAAUGCUAAAAGUUAAAUUUCUAGUUCAUGGGUUAAAGGGCUUCAGACGUCUUUACACCUGAGGAGAAGCACUGAUCUCAGUGCAAAUGCUUUCACUAUCAUACAUCCCGGAGGCAUCCUGGUGGUGGAAUGGUGCAGUCUUGUUAGGUCCUGCAAGUUAUGGGACAAGGGGAGAGAACUUAGCAUGGGAUGCUGUUUUUAGGCGUAUUCCCACCGCUUGUGUAGAAUGAAAUUCUGAGCUCAGUAUUUUUUCUAGGGUCUAUGAGCAUAGGUAUUCUGUUUAACUCUUGCCUUUAUGAGUCAUCAGUUGACAUCAUCUAACCCUUAAACACACACACACACACACACACACACACACGCCUAACUAGGCCCAUGUGCAUUACCACAUAGAAUCACGGAAUUGUAGAGUUGGAAGGGACCUCAAGGAAUCUCAGCUGAAGCAUCCAUGAUAAAUGGCCAUCCAGCCUCUGCUUAAAAACCUCCAAGGAAGGGGAGUCUAUCACCUUCCGCAGGAGUUAAUAAUGCACUGAGUGAAGCAGUACACACAUACACUUUCCCAUGAAUUUAUUGUCAAUCAAUUGCACUUGAUGACACUCCCUCCCUCCCUCCCUCUCUCUCUCUCUCACACACACACACAAACACACAAAGAGCUAGGUUGUGCAAACAUCACCAGCUUAAAAUGCAGCUAGGUCAUUAUAUUUCUUAAUUCUGAUUGAAGCUGGUUUGGGAGAAAACAAAUCAAAAUACAGGAUUUCAGAAGAAACAACAGGUUAGAUAUGGGUUGUGGCUAAUGUUAUGUGUACACUGCUUCCCAAGCCAGAGCUGGGAGCACACUGGGUGCCAGACAGAGUAAACAGGAGGGUGCACACUAGGGUAUUAGGAGUCUAGGGUAGGAGCUGUCCACUCUAACCACAGGGUGUGUUCAUUUGGAUGCCAUAUCCCCUGAAUUUUGGUGGUUGAAAUGGCAUCCCUACACAAAGAAUACUAUUGUAGCUGGGGUACCAGAGUGAAUAUUAUAAACUAAUAAACAGUUGUGUUUAGAUAUGGAUGCAAGAGAUAUGGGAUAUUGGGAUAUGAAUGCAAGAGAACUGUUCCUCUGCCCCCACCCCUGCUCUGAGGAGUGGAAAGAAACAGGAUAAUUAGCAGGUUGCCUAGAUGAUGGGGGGCCUGAUGUCACAAGAAAAAAAUGUCCUUUUUGAAAUCUAAAGGUUUGCUGGGAGGAAGUGGGGCAGAAUUCCAUGGGUUGUUGUGGAGGUGAGAAGCAGAACAAGGAGAUGGUGCAUGGGAUGUCUCUGAAAGCAGUGCUGGGUGGUGGGGAAGGAGUUAGAAGAUAGGAAGUAUAGGAACAUAGGGUGCUGCCUUAUAUUGAGUCAGAUCACUGGGUUCCUCUAGCUCAGUAUUGUCUACACUGAGCAGCAGCAGCUCUUUGCAGGGUUUCAAGCAGGGUUCUCUCCCAGCCCUACCUAGAGAGGCCAUUGGGAACGGAACCUGUGACCUUCUGCUUGCCAAGCAGUUGCUUUACCACUGAACUACAGUCCUUCCACAGAUAGUCCACUUCAUGUACAUUUUCAAUCCUGCAACAACCUUCCUCUUUAAAACCUUUGUAGGAAAUAAACAGACCGAUAGGAAAUAAACAGACCAAUAGUGUUGACAAAAAUGGGUGGAAUUUUUUCCAAAACUGAAUGCCCAAAAUAAUUACUCCCUCCAAAAAUCAGGCAGGGGGGUUUAAGCUUGCAGCACUACCAAGACACAAAAUGCAAAACAAAAAACAAAACAAAAGAACACCCGGAUUCCUCACCCCCCCCCCACCUCAUGAUAUAACUUAGUGUGUGUGUGUUUUCCAUUGAAGUCAGUGUGUUUGGGAGAGGAGAGCUGUCCUGUUUUUAGAGCUGUUGCUUCUGUUAUCAAAGGAAGAAAAGAAAGGCAAGAUGGGCAAAAGCAUUAAAGAGAGUGGGAGGCAAUUUGCAUGUUUUAUUUUCCUUUAGACUAGAGAAAGGUUGCUUGUUUUAAAAUCUUAGGUAAUUUCUGGGGGCUGACCUUAGCAGACUGGAAACUGAGCCACAAUGAACAAAAUGAAUCUCAACAGAGACAAACGUCAUGUUCCGCACUGAGGCAGGAAUAACCAGAUGCACAAAUAUAGGAUGUGGGAUGCCUGGCUUUUGUAGUGGUCCAUGUGAAAAGGAUCUAGGAGUCUUAGCAGUCCUCAAGCUUCACACGGGCCAGCAGUAUGGUGCACCAGCCAAAAAGAGCUAAUGCAAUUCUAGGCUGCAUCAAUAGAAGCAAAGUCUCAUUUAGCUACGGGCAGUUUGAGGAUGCUCCAUCCACCAUCUAGAAAUGGUCUAAAUGAAUAAACAAAGUGGGUUGGUGUGUGGAGGGUGCAGCAUAAAUCCACUUCAAGUGCACAAUUAAUGAGUCAACACCACAGACACAGGAUAAAGCACUAAGCUGCAACUUUAAACAGCUAUGGCUUCCCCCCAGUGAAUUCAGGGCACUGCAGUAUGAUAAGAGUGCUGAGUGUGGUUAGAAAACUCCCCCAUUCCCCUCCUAGAACUGCAGUUCCCAGAGUGCUUUAAUAAUCCCUCUUCUCAGGGGACUCUGGGAAUUGUAGCUAUGUGAGAGGAAUAGGGGAGGAGUCGCUAGGCACCCUUAACAAACUUCACUUCCUAGGAUUCUUUGGUUGCAACCAUGAUGGCUUAAAGUGGCAUAAUAAUGCUCCAAAUGUAUGGUGUGAACAUGGACUCAGAAUGGGAAAGAAGUGGGUGUCUGUCUGUGUGAAAUGACUUGAGAACUUAGUUCUGGCACUGGUCACAAAUUUUCUGGGCUCUGCAUGUGCUCCUUAGGUUUCUGGUGUGUAUAUCUACACAGCAGGGCCACUGUUUUGCACCUGGUGCCAGUUGGUGGUCCAUGGCUACACAGGAAUCUGCCUUAUACUGAUCUAUCUAACCCAGUAUUGUCGAUACUGAUGGGCAGCGGCCCUCCAGAGUUUCAAGCAGGAAUCUCUCCCAGACCUACCAAAAGGGAACUGAAUGCCUUCUACAUUCAAGGCAGGCAGAGCCAGCGCAAUACAUGUAGGCACCUAAGGUGAACCACAAAAUGGCGCCCUCCCACCAGGAACAAGCGGGGAGUGAAGAUCUACAUCGGGAGUAAGGGAGGAAUAAAGAUAAACAUUGGGAACAAGGCAUGGAAUCAAAUCAACCUUACCUUUUGGCUGAAGUGUGAAUCAAAGUAUGGCGUGGUGGGGGAAGGGGCCCACGCUGAAUCACACUGGCAGAUCCAGCCUCCAAGGAGUGCACCACAGCCAUUGCUGGCAGUGCAGCGGCAGCAGGGGACAUUGCAUUCCUUAGAGGCAGGACCAGGUGCCCCUGUAGAUCCUGCCGCCUGAGGUGGUUGCCUCCCUUUGUCUCAUGCAUGGGCCAGCCCUAAAGGGGGGGGAGAGAGAUGUGAGCCUGCAGCCGAGUUAAUAGUAAAGCAGAAUGUUCCUCAAAGCUUUCCAUUGUACUGUAAAUAGGGAGGAAUCUCUUUUCCAUGCCCCCAGCGCGCCCCGCCCCAAAGCUUACCUUGAUUUACCAUUGCCCGGUGUCUCAUUAAAAACAGCCUCCCCCAGUUGCUCUGGGUUCCGUGUUAUUUGUUUCCAGGCGGCAGCAUCAACAUUUGUCUCUCAAAGUAGGCUGCAAUAUAAAAGAAACCAUACACUAUGAUAAAUGCAUAGUAUCAUUGCAAUGCUUGCAAAGUAUCACAUUUAAGAACUCAAAAAACCCUAAAAUUUAAACUUUUCCAUAUUGGGACAUGGUCACAAGGAAGGAAGGAAGGAAGGAAGGAAGGAAGGAAGGAAGGAAGGAAGGAAAGCAGUCUCUUUUACAUAGUAUUUCUUUGUGUUCUUAGGAGGGGACAUAAAUAAAGUAUACUGGUUAAUAUUGUCAUGUUAAUAUUGUCAUGUGCCACCCACAAUCUCUGCCUCACGGUGACAAGAUUUCAGGGCGUUCCAGAGACUGUAUUGUCUUUAAGAUAUGUGUUUUUAUUGACACAUAUAUGCAUUCAAGCCUACUGUGGAGAAUUCCAGAGCAUGCACAUCUCAAGAGGGGCAUACUUCCUGCAGGUGCACAUCAUUAGACCUCUGUGUCUCUUUGUAACAGCCUGCUCCAGUCAGUCCACAUGGCUCCUGCAACCCCCUUCUUCCCAGAAACCCUUGCCAAAUGCAGCUUCCCCUUCCGCUGACAUCAUUGCUCUCUGUAACCUUGGCAACCUCCCUCUCUGUGCAAGGCAGAGUUCUUCUGUCUUGUUGAUUUCUUCUAUUGAUGGGUUAAUGACUGGCCAUUUCAGCCUUUGUUUCUUAAUGGCUUAUCCCUGGCAAGCUAUGUCAAGCUGGGCUGGCUCGUUGUCGGGAAAACUUAACCCAGCAGUGUUUGGUACAGUAAAUCAAACCUUGAUUAAUUCUAACUUUUACUAAUUCCAUAAAUUAUGGGUGCCCUGCGCCCAAAAACUCUGGGACUUCAGACACGGGUCCCAAUAUGAAUGGAACUUCUUCCUUCCCUUCUGCCCUGCAAAGGCUCUGGUGGCAGAUUGCUCUCCAGUCCCUGUUUCGGCAGGGAGGUGAGUCAUCAGAGGCUGCUUUUCAAGGCAUGUUUGCUGUAAGUGCCCCAUUAGUCCACUUUUUCCACCAGCCACCUCUUCAAAUGCUAUUUAGCAAAUCAGAGGCUGUGCCCGUUGUGUGAUGCUUUUAAAGCAUAAAGGGAUUAAUGUUCCACUCUAAUGAAAACCAGAUGUAGAAAGUUGCCUGGCUGAAAGCUAUUUUCCACUGCCAAGCUGCAAAUGAAACGAUUUAAUCAGCAUGAAAAUUGUUGCCAAAUCUACAACUCUGACCGUAUCUCCCAAGCUGAGAUGCACCAGCACUACAGGCAUCUGGGAUCUGCAGGCAGGUCGUCCAGUAGAGGUGAUAUUUAAAGCGCAACUCCAGCUCAGGUUUUUAAAUUUUAUUUUAAUUUUUAUUACGCAAAAAGGGGGGGGGGGGAAUGCAAAACUCUCAUGUGUAGUGAAUCCUGGAAAAGUCCAAUAAGCAUGAAUGGAUGCACAGACCGACCAUUAAUAACGUACAAAUAUUCAUGCUCAGUAUAAUCAUAAUACUGUAGUAAAGGUAAAGGUAAAGGGACCCCUGACCAUUAGGUCCAGUCGCAGACUUUAUUGGCCAAGGAAGCCGGCAUACAGCUUCCGGGUCAUGUGGUCAGCAUGACUAAGCCACUUCUGGCGAACCAGAGCAACGCACGGAAACACUGUUUACCUUCCCGCCAGAGCGGUACCUAUUUAUCUACCUGCACUUUGACGUGCUUUCGAACUGCUAUGUUGGCAGGAGCUGAGACUGAGCAACGGGAGCUCACCCCAUCACGGGGAUUCAAACCGCCAACCUUCUGUUCGGCAAGCCCUAGGCUCUGUGGUUUAACCCACAGCACCACCCAUGUCCAAUCAUAAUAGUAGUUAGGCCUUAUUAAAUUAGUCAUAUUGUACGUAUAGAAGAUUGGUUGUACAACAGAUCCCUUGCUUUAAGAAUAAUUCUUAACUAGUUCCCAUUCUUGUUCAAACUCAUUGAUUCGUUGCUUUCCUUGUCUUGUAAAAAAAAUAAAAAAUCAAGUUAGCUCAGCUGGUUAAAGCAUGGUGCUGAUAAUGCCCAGGUUUGAUCCCUAUAUGGGACAGUUGCAUAUUUCUGCCUGCAGGGUGUUGGACUAGAUGAUCCUUAUGGCCCCUUCCAACUAACUCUACAAUUGAUUAUAAGAUUCUACUUAAAGCAUCAAAUUCCCAUAGUAUAAUGAACACCUCUUUAAAGAAUGAAUUACUGAUGUUUUGCAUGUAGUGUCUGCACUGCUAGCACUACGUAAAGAAUUUUUUCUCUUUGUGAAAACCUGCUCUUUAAAGCUCAAUCGGAGCAAGCAGAAGUCUGCAGAAAAUGCAAAUUUAUGUUUGCUGUGAUUCAGUCCUAAACAGCAGGACAAAGAAAGGCCCACGCAUAACCAGAACAUGAAAGCGUGGACUGUGCCUGGAAAGUGCAGGGCAAAAGGUAAGUACAGUAUGGAUAAAAACCCUUGGUGUUUGGUUCUCAAGUUGUGAAACAUUUGGCAUUAGAAGGGGGAUGAGUGCUUAAGAGUUCUCUUACAAGAGUCCCCUUCCUCCACCCCCCAAAAAAGAAGCUAAAGAAAAAUAUGAGUCUUAAAUAAAGGUAAAGGUAAAGGUAAAGGUACCCCUGCCCGUACGGGCCAGUCGUGUCCGACUCUAGGGUUGCGUGCUCAUCUCGCUUAAGAGGCCGUGAGCCGGCGCUGUCCAAAGACACUUCCGGGUCACGUGGCCAGCGUGACGAAGCUGCUCUGGCGAGCCAGCACCAGCGCCGCACACGGAACGCCGUUUACCUUCCUGCUGGUAAGCGGUACCUAUUUAUCUACUUGCACUUAAGGGUGCUUUCGAACUGCUAGGUGGGCAGGAGCUGGGACCGAACGACGGGAGCUCACCCCGCCGCGGGGAUUUGAACCGCCGACCAUACGAUCAGCAAGUCCUAGGCACUGAGGUUUUACCCACAGGAAUCUACAGCUGAAGAAUCAGAAUUGUAGAGUCGAAAGGGAUCUUCAAGGUCAAGUAGUCCGAAAACUCACUCUUUAAAGCUAAAGUGCAACAAACAUCAAUUGGGGUUUUCUGUGGAUUGCUGCUUGCUCCAGUGGAGCUUUAAAGAGUGGGAUUCCACAGGUAAAAAAAGAGAGCACUUGGACAUAGAGCUUUAAAGCAUGGACUGUGCCUGGAAAGUGUGGGGCAAAAAGUAACUAUGGAUAAGCCCACAGUUGCACUGAAGCAUGUAAGGUUGUUUGCUUGUUUGUUUGUUUGUUUGCAGUAUCCUUGCAAAAUCAUACUUACCUCUACAGAAUAUCUGAUGGAAAAACCCUUUUCGAGAAAUGGUAAAUUUAGAAUAAAUGGGACAGAGAGACUUAUGGGAGAGCAUUUCGAUGAGGACAAUGUAUGUACUUGGAUGCAUGAGUACUAAAGUGCCUAUUAUUUCGCAGAUAUACUGUUUAUUGGCCAUGGCUAGAAAAUCAAUCAGUUAUGAAGAAUGAACUUCCUAUAUUGUGAUACUGUUAGCUUGUUGGUGGUGGGAGGCCAGGAAUUGCUGUAUUGCUGGAGUAACUGCCUCUGCUGUCUGAAAGGAUUGGUUUAAAUGUCUACCUCUUUUCAAAACAUUUUGGACGCAUUGGUCCAAAGAUCUGUUGUGUGAGCCAAAGAAGUCAAUUUCUGCAGGGGGGGGCAGUGUAGAGGGGCAACAUGAUGCAAACAUGCCAGCAGGAGCUCUGUUUUGCUAAAGCCUAGAAGCUGAUAAUUUUUUUAAAAAGAUUAAAAUGAUAAACCCUGUAAUGCUCUUCAGAGCCCUACGUUUUGCAAAGCUUUGUGUUUUGGGGACUCUUGGAGGCCUGCAAGACUGACAGAGGUCACAAGCCCUGGAAAGGUAAAAGGCCAAUGGAAAAGCUGAGAAGUUCUAAGCAAAAUGUGCAAGCAAACAAUAAUGCAGACCAAUUGGACAGCUCUUCAUCGUUUUAAGGUAGCAAAGAGCAAGAGAUGGAGGAUUGUGGAGGAAAGUCAAUCUUUUCUUUCUUUCUUCCCACAAAACAAAACCCUGUUUGUGAGGACCUAUUUACCUGCAAUAUGGAAGGCUGCUGUGCCUAUAAAUUUCACCCAGUUUAUACAAGAAAGAGAAAAGUUCUAAUUUUGCUUCAUGCAGGAUGCAGAAUAGCUCAGGGUUCACCUUGGGGGUUCGCCAGCAGGUGAAUACUGUUUUGUUUCAGCAGGCCUUUAGGAACUGGCUGGUUUUUAAGGAAAGGGUUUUAAAUAGGGCUUUAUUAUCUGUAUUUCAAUACGAUUUUUUGGUAUUGUUUUCAUUAUUUUUUAAAUACUUUUUGUAUGUUUUCAGCUUUCUGUAUCUUAUCUGUGUUAUUUUAAUGUGUACAAAGCACUUUGAGUCCCAGUUUGGGGGAAAGGUUGGAUAUAAACAAACAAACAAAUAAAACAACAACAAUAUUGGUUGAGUGGAGAGAGCAAGAAAGCAACUUGGAAGCAGAUACAAGGCAAAUUUUGGGACUCUUGCACACCCCUAAGGUGUGUGUGUGUGUGUGUGUGUGUGUGUGUGUACACUUUAUGCUGCCAGUUAUCAAACAGGCUUGGCUGCCCACUGAUCCAGGAGGACACACAAAAGUAAAUAUUUUUUUCCCCUAUAGAACAUAAAUCAUUUUAUGGAUGGCUAUGGAGAGAGAAAUGACACAUUUGUGGUAUAGGAAAUGUCUGCAAAUGAUGGUUAGUUAUAAUACAGCAUAAGGUAUAUAAAUUCAGUAAAUAAAUAAAUAAAUAAAAUAAGCAGUGCUAUUUUUCUAGAAAAAGAGGUGCUGGAACUCAGCAUGAUCAUUUGCCUCAUUCUCUUAGAAGGGGCCAAAACUGAGUUCUGGCUGAAAAUAAAGCUCUAGGCUUAAGUAAGGGAGUCAGCGACUCAUGGCAUCAGCGUCAGAAGGGGCGCUUAGUACAUACCCUCCAACAUUUUUCCGAUGAAAAUAGGGACAUCCAUUCCAUAAUGAUAAUUUUACUAUUUAUACCGCACACAUCUUACUGGGUUGCCCCAGACACUCUGAGUGGCUUCCAACAUAUAUAAAAACAUGAUAAAACAUUAAACAUAAAACCCCCUUCCCUAUACAGGAAUGCCUUCAGACAGCUUUGGGGGUUGGAUAGCUCCAUUCUCGCCAACAUCCUAAGGACGUCCUAAGGAAAAGUGGGACAUUUCAGAAUCAAAUCAGAAACCGGGAUGGCUUCUCUAAAUCAGGGAUGUUCCCUGAAAAAUAGGCCCAACAGGUGACUCUCAGGGUGUUGUUCUGAAUGUCCAGGUGGGUACCACCUUGCUGUUCAGUGGCUGGGUGUUUACAUAGUGGAAGAAAGGUAGGGUAUAAAUGUAAGAAAAUAGACAAUUGAUAUGUGUUCCUUUCAGUACAGAUGGCGACCAUUUUGCAUGAGUCCAACUGAUGUGCAACCUCCAAUGUGUGGGCCCUUUUGGACCUCGAAGAGGGCAGAAUGGGGGUUGGGGGUGGAAUGGGCAAGGUGGGCUUAUACACGCUCAACAGCCAUGCAUGGGAGCCAGGAACAGAAGCCCUCGUGCAAAAUGGUUGCCAUCUUUAUUUUAAAAUUUGAGAACCACCUUGGAUGCCUUUGCAGAAAGGUGGCUUAUAAAUACAGACAUAGAACGAAACGUCAUGGCUAAGUUCACACUAUGCAUUUAAAGUGUUAUGGUUCCACAGUCAUGGUUUCCUCCAAAUAAUUCUGAGAGCUGUAAUUUGUUCAGGGUGCUGAGAGAAGUUAGCAGGCCCCUACAGUUUUUAGCAUAGUUUGACAAAUCUCUCCUUUCCUGAGAUCCCUGACAAUUGUAGCCCUGGGAGAGGAACAGAGGCCUCCCAACAGCUUUCAGUACCCUGAACAAACUACAGCUCCCAGAAUUCUGUGGGGAUGUGAGCCCUGAUUGUUUAAAGGGGGUAUUCUAGCAUGUUAAAUAUACAGUGUAGAUGUGACCCAUAUUCUUUUAAGGUAGUAUAUCCAGUGCUUUUUUCUUAAAAAAUGUUUAAGGGUACAGUGGAACCUCGGAAGCCGGACACCUGUAAACUAAAACGUUUUGGCUCCCAAACGAUCGAAAACCUGUAAGUGAUUGUUCUGGUUUUUGAAUGAUUUUCAGAAGCCGAACGUCUGGCACAGCUUCCGUGGCUUCCGAUUGGCUGCCGGAGUGUCCUGCAGCCAAUCUUGAGUCAAGAAAAUCACCAUUUUAUAGUUCAAAUCAGGAAAAAUAAAUACAGUAAAUGGACAAAAGUACAAAGAUUCACAAAAGGUUUAGGGAUAUGCAUCCCCCUCAGCUGCGAGAGAGCCACAGGAAAGGAGGCUUGCCACCUUCAUGUCUAGCUUGGGCUGUGGGCAGAAAAUAGGAUGCAGGACUAGAGAGACCAUUAGUCUGACCCCGGAGCAUCCUUUCAGGGGAGAGUUGAUGUGGGCCUAGGGAAAGACCCACAAGGCUCCACCUCUUCUGGCAGGGUGCCACACUCCUCCCACCCCAAUAUACGUGGGUUCUGGCAGUGUUUUCCCUGCAGUCACCUUAAGGUGGAAGGGAGCCCCUUAGUGGUGUGACUCCUCUGCACCGUCGCAUCAAAUACUCCUGUGGGUGCACCCAACUCUUUUCUGGCCUUUGAGAAGGGUUGUGCUAAGAGUAAGAAAACAGCCCUGCUCUCAAUCUUAAAAGACCCCAAGGAAUGUGCUACAUUCUUCCAGCCCUCAAGGUUGGCGCCUGCACAAAAAUGCUCCUUUUGCCAAAUAUCAGUCCAAUGAAAUGCUUGUUUGCUUUCUUUAAAAAAAAUGCCUCACUUCACAAUUUACCUUGGCCUGGAGACGAAUCUUUAUAGACAGAAACCCAUUUUACCUUAAGCUUUUUAUACUACCCCCCCCUUGUGCUUGCGCGCACACACACACACAGAGUCACAAACAUUCUCCUGACAUUAACAGUAGUUGCUUCUCUUCCACUUUAAAAAAUUAUCAAAUGGAGGCUUUGCUGCCUAUUUAAAGGUUAGCCCAAUAACCCUGUGCACAUUCAUUCAGAAGCAGGCCCCACUGCAUUCAGCAGGGCUGACUUCCAGGUGAGUGGGAUUGCAUCACUUGUUGAAAUAUUAGGUCUUCUUUGGCCAUAUUAUAAUUGCAAAUCAUAAAAUGAAAGAAGCUCAUUUAUGUUCACAGCCAAUUUAUGGAGCUGAAACAAAUAGACUCUAAAAUAUAUCCAAAUAACUUUCCUCUGUUAAAUUUUUAAAAAUAUAUUUUAUUGCUUUUUCACAUACAGUUAUAGCUGUCAACGUUUUCCUUUUUUAAAGGGAAAUUCCCUUAUUCCGAAUAGGAUUCCUCGCAAGAAAAGGGAAAAGUUGACAGCUAUGCAUACAGUAAACAUAAUUUAAAAUACAAUAGACAACAACAACUGGCAGCUACUCAUUUAUUGGAAAGUGACAUAAUCAGCUUAAAAUGGGAAUUUUGAUGGUGAAUAUUUUACAGAAAUUUGCUGGAUGCUUGAAUGUUUCUUAAAUAUUGUCUGAGUCAUUCAUGUGUGAUAUCCUGUGGGUAUCUAGGAAAAAGAGUAUGACAGCUGACAUUUGACAACAGCUAUUUUGCAGUAGUUAAUAGGAGGUAUGCAAGGUAUCUGGUGGUGUUUGGUGGAUGGCAUGCUAUAGUACAGGGGUUGGCAAGGUUUACCUCACCCGGGCCUGUUCACUCCAGCGAAGAUCCCUCUGUGGGCUGGAUCGCGUGAUUUCCAGCAUCUGCGAUUUCCGACGUCAGCGUCUGCACACACACGAUUUUCAGCGUCACAAUUUUGGGCACCGCAGAAGUGAGUCCCCAUGCCGUGCUGCACUGGUUUAGCGCAGCACGCGGGGACUCGCCAAGUGGGCAGCCUGGUUUGAGGCCGCUCGGGGGCUGGUUAAACGACCCCCGUGGGCCACUUGUGGCCCAUGGGCCUUAGGUUGCCAACCCCUGCUAUAGUAGCUGCUAAUACUUGACAACUGGUGUGCACUAGCAUUUAGCAUUUGGCAACAUCUAAUAUCUGACAUGAAAUGGUAUUAGUAUCUCAUGGGCAUGCAGUAGGAAUAGUAUUCCACUGUGUAUGGUAGGCUUCACUAACAUUUUGUGAGAUCCACCUAAAAAGCAGUACAGUAUAUGAAUACUGUAAAUAAAUAAAUAAUACGUAAUGUUUUGCUAUUUUAAAGGAGUGGAGGAAACUGUUCACUCUUUCUCCUUUGCACUUGAACACAAUUGGAAUGGGACUGGUGUUUGCCAUAGCUUUCUUGUUUUUUUUUUCUUUCAAUGUAAUUCCUCCAGUUUAUCAAAAUCCUGAAGCUUUCAUCAGCUUAAUGUAGCAUUCACAAUAAAUUUUUCAAACCAAGAAGCAUAGCAUAUGGCUGCUUAUGGUGGUAGUUCGACAGGUUUGAGUUGUGCCCAUUCUGUGUGUUGCCCUUUAAGAAACUGUAAUGAUUCAGCAGAGUUACUUGGUAAAACAGGGAGCUGGUAUCACCAGAAGUGAUUUACUUUGCACACUUCAUUCAAUAAAUAAACCUGUUUCUUGCCUACUUGGUGCCACGGCACGGAGACUGUGUACAUAUCAUAACAAGUGCCUUUCAGUAAAACAGACACUGCAGUAAUUAGCCAUGUACGUUGCCAAAACAGGCAGCCUCUGAGCAUGCUCAGAAUUCCUUGCCAAAAGAAAAGAGGUGGCCAUGAAGUUGCCGGCAUGAUACAAGGACAGGAAGCCCCUGGGCAUACACAGAGGGGUAUAUUCAGUGUUAGUCAUAUUUAGAGCAGACUCGUUGAAAUUUGUUUCCUGCUUGGCACGGGGUUGGACUCGAUGGCCCUUGUGGUCUCUUCCAACUCUAUGAUUCUAUGAUUCUAAUAAACAUAAUUAGCUAAGGUCCAUUAAUUUCAGUGGGUCUAUUCUAAGUAGAUAUUAAUUUGAUAUAGGCCAGAGUGCCUCCAAAACUGGAAAUGAAGGCAUGAAUGGUGCAAGGGAGAGUAAGUGGCUUAUGAGUUCUUUGUAAUGUGAGUGUGUGUCUGUUGUCUUGGAGAAUAUUUAAUAGGGCCAGUUCUGGAAUGGCUUCUAAUACCUGUGAAAUAUACUUGGAGUCGAGUGUGAAUUUCAUGCUCUUUAUUCAGGUCAUAGUAGCAAUGAAUGAAACUUUCCCCAAAAUGUCUAGCUAUAUACAGUCAUACUUCAUGUUACGUUUGCUUCAUGUUACGUUUUUUCAGGUUGCGUCCCGCAGCAUCCUGGAAAUACCAAAAAGGGUUACUUCCAGGUUUCACCGCUCGCACAUGUGCUAAAUCCCGCUUCGCGGAUACGGCACUUCAGGUUGUGGGCUUUUCAUGUUGAGAAAGAGUCUCCAGAAUGGAUCCCGUUCGCAACCAGAGGUACCACUGUAUACAUUAUUUACACAAUGGGCCCCGCAUGAUUGGCUAAUUCCGGGCUGCUCCUGUAGGACAAUCAGGUUGCUGAUUCACUUCAUCCAGGAGCCUGAUUGGCUGUCCUGCAGGCCAAGCAAGGCGCUGAUUCACUUCCACCUGGAGCUGGGUUGGGUAGCUCCUGCAGACUAAUCAGACUGCUGCAUUCUGGAUCCGAUUUUUCUAGGAUUCAGCUCAGUACAUAACAACAACCUGCUUUGUUAUUUUGAAGAUUUCUUGUAGGACUGAUGUCCAAAAGGGGGGGUGGGGGAGAGGAUUUGAUAAAUCCUCUAGUCAUGAUGGAGGUUAUGCUGUGCCUUGACAUUGGGAGGCAGCAGUGCUUACAAAUACCAGUUUAUGGAAAACACAGCAGGGGAGAUUUCUGCUUACUGGUUUCCCACAGGCGUUUGUUUGGCCACUGAAAACAGGAUGCUGAACGAGAUGCCUACUGGCCUGAUCCAGAAAGCCGUUCUUGUGCUCUACCAUCAGUAAAAGUUUGCCUUUGUGGUGAUAAAGGGACCACAGAGCUGUAUUGUAUUAUACAUUCCUGUGCAUCUCACAGUUGUAGAUUUCUAUUUGAGGAACUGGCUGAGUGUUUUUGCAACAGCCAAUGUUAGUGAAAGGGUAUGAAUGAUUGAAUGAUGGACUGUGUGGCAGGACUGGUCUGGAGUGUAAGCAAAGUGUGUACAGUAAAAGUAAGAUUCCUUUGGGUUUGUGAUUCCUUUGUGCUAGACGUCCAUAUCCUAACAAAUUAAGAUGGGAAGACCUUCUAUUUUAAUAGACGGAACAACCUUGACGCAGCAUUUCCCCUCAACUUCCCUUAAGCAUGGUACUGCAACAUUAAAAAGCUAACCCAGUUUAAAAUUAUCAUGAAGAGGGUAUGUGCAAUAAUUUAUUUAUUUACUGCAUUUAUGUCUCACCUUUUUCUCCAAGGAGCUCAAGGUGGCAUACAUGCCCUUCCUUGUCAUUUAAUCCACACAACAGUCUUUUGAGGUAGGUUAGACUGAGAGGCAGGGACUGGUCACACCCAGUGAGCUUCAUGGCCAAGUGGGAAUUUUAACCCUGGUCUCUCCCAGGUCCUAGUCCGCCACUCUAACCACUAUGGGACACUGCCUCUCAUAAAUAAAACUCUCCCUCAUUAUUCGAAUUCAACCCAAUCAGAAAAGAGACUAAACAAAUAAGCUAAAAGAAAAUCUUAUAGAACAGAGCAUGUGGAUCUCUCAAAAGGCCCCCCAUACCUAUUAAGCACCUGAUUUUUGUCUGAAAACCCUGGGGUUGCUGGCUAUGGGUUUUUGCCCCACUCAGAGCUGUUCAGAUGCUCUUAGCUUCCAGCCAACAACUCACAGAUCCUGUCUUCUGUUGCCAGCAAAAUCACCUGAAGCAAGGGCAGUUGCACAGGACUCUUCCAUGCCUGCCCUUGGGUAGUGAAGCAAUCUGCUGUCCUGGAGAAUGGAGCUGUAAGCACUCUGAGAUGCAGUGGGGUGGAAGCUCAGGAAAACAGCCACAGCAACUGAUUUUGUGAAAAUGCACCACCCCAGAGCAAAUGCUGUAGAUUGAAUGAGUUAGAAAGAGAAGUAUUCCUCCCCACCACCCACUGCCAUGUAAUGGUACUUGAUUUAUUUUAAAUGGUAUUGGAGAUCCUUCUGGGUUGAAAGGCAGCAUAGAAAACAAAUCUAAUUAAUUAAAUAACAUCCCAUCAGCCCUUCAAUAAAUGAUCCAGGCGUGCGUCUUCUGCCAGCCAUUCAUUAGGGAACUUUAAAAAUAUAGUCAUUUUCUGCAUUUCAUUUUGGACAGGUUACUUGCUGACACCUCUCUUUUACUCCCUCUUUUGUAAAUCUAGAGUGGCUUAGAGGAUAUUAAAUAUUCUAGACUCAUUGUUUUAUGCCAGCUGCCUGUUUCUCCCUUGAGGACAUAGGAUUGGCUUUGUUCCUCUGAUAGGUCUAAACUGCUGAGGUGGCUAGUGGUGCUGCUCCUGAAGUACCAAGCCUGAAUUCUGUCCUUUAAAAAUCAGGAAACCCCACAUCACUUGAAACCUUUAUUGCUUAGGGGCUAAGGCAUUUGAAUUCCUGUGGCCAGGCUCAAAGGUAUGCAACAAAAUCAUAUUUGCACAAUAGAAAAAUGAAGAUACUGUGUGAUGAUAAUAAAAACAGUAGUAGAAGGGUUGACAAAAGCAAGCAAUAAAACAGAUAAUAAAAAGCAAUAAAAUGAAUAAGGAAAUUAUCAAACCACAGUAUCCUCAUGACUAAUUGUAGCUGUCUCUGAAAGUGCUCUACACAGAGCUGCGCAGCAGCCAGUGCAAAUAAUAAUAAUAAUAAUAAUAAUAAUAAAAUAGUAAUUUAUACUUGGCUUGUUAAAAAAAAACCUAAAGCAGUUUUCUAAAAUGCUAAAAUUAUCAAGUAGAAAAGCUAAAAACAAUUUAAAGACAUUUUUAUUGAUUUCUUCCUCUUGUUAUAUAAGAAAAUCAACAACUUCCAAAAAAUUAAAGUAGCAAGAGGUUAAAAACAGAUUAAAAUUCAAAUCAACUAUCUAAACAUCUGGGCAGGCCUCCGGGAUAACAAGGACCACAACUUUAUUACCGUUUAACAGGAACUGUGGCAGGCUAUUAAUACCUCAGCAGCAGCAGCACGGCCAGCACUACCAAUGGCAGAGUGAGGCAGCAGCCUCAGGUAGCAGAUUCCAGGGCCAAGCAUUCUUUGUGAGCAGUCUCAUGAAGGCAAGGAUGAGAAACAUGUGGCGUUCGAGAUUGGUUGGACUCCAGCUCCCAUAAUUUCUGAUGUUUGGCCAUGCUGGCUCUCGAGGCUGAUAGGAGCCAUCACGGCCGUUUUAAGCAUAUCCGGCACUGUGGUGCAAAGCGCCGCUCCCCCACCCCCCACCCCCGUUUCCCAGAGUUGUUGACCUUUUUUUUAGGGAGCUGACACCACACUUAAUCUCUAACAAGCCCUUAGGACAAAAUAAAAUGAAAAGGCAGAAGGAAAUCUAAUGAAGUCCUCAAUUCCAAAGCAAGACUCAUUCAAGACUCAGCAGUUCUUCUAAUGCAUCCUCAUGAUUCAAAUCACAUAUCAAAAAGUUAAAGCAAUCACCAGUUUGCUGUUCUUUAAAUAAAUUGAUAAAGACACAGAGAAUGCAGUUCCCGGCCAAUUUGUGUUUAAGUACAAAGCUGACAUUUUCAAAUUGUGGGGUGGGGGGUGGGUGUAAAGCAGUGACAUCCUGAACCUAAAAAGGACCCAAAACUUGGGUCACAAAGGCUGCAGCCUUAACUGCACUUACCUGAGAGUACGCCCUGCUGAAUCUAAUAGGACCUUAAAACCCACCCCCGUCUUUAAAGGACUUUUUGUUGGUGUUUGUUUGUUUUUAACCACUAACUGCAUGGAGAGCACGCUCUUGAGUUCGCCGCAGGUGUCAUCACUGAGGGGGGUGACAUUUGGCACACUGCCCGCCCGAGACUCCCAAGCCUACCCCGAGCUGUCGGGGGAAGGGGCGGAGCUGCACCGCCUUGUAGGCAGUCUUCCCCCUUCAUUUUGACAGCUUGGGGGAGGCUUGGGAAUCGCGGGCGGGUGGCGCGCCGUUGCCCCCUGCUCCCGGGCUACUUCCUGGGGGGGGGGAGGAACCUCCCCCGAACUGUCAAAAGAAAGAGGGGAGGAAGGCUGCUGGCAAAGCGGCGCGGCUCCCUCCCCGCCACCGCCGAGGAAGCAGCCCGCCAAGGGCGGCUCACUCCACACACACCCUGGGCGGCUCGUACCCUGGGACGCUUGCCCCACCCCCAUGGUCCCACCCCCAGGUGCACAGCACGUGCGCUGCUCUGGGUGCCGGAGCAGCUAGCUCCGCCUCUGUGUGUGCUGUGUCCUGUUGGCACAGUGGUUGCAGCAGCACUUACCCUUCUUGUGAUAGGAAAUGCUUGGUGGGGAUGGACUAAAUAUGGGGUUGAGAAGGGUCAGUUGGGAGGGGUGUGAGAAAUGUCCUUAAUUUCAUCUGAGGAAUGUUGGAGGGAAUGUUAUCUAAAUGGUCUGUCAUCCUUAGCAUUAUGAUCCUCCUGUUAGGAGGUGGUCCCUGGGAGAUCCUCUCCUCAGUUUUGCUGAGCAAACACAGACAGUUUCCUGUGGCUUUAAUCUGAGGACUUUGCCCUUUUGAGGUCAUGUUUUAAGCUGUGUAUAUGUGUGUGUAUUCCCCUUCCAGAAAUCUUAUGAAUAACCUUGCUGGCAUAAAUAAUUUGCAGGACAGCAAGAGAGCCAAACUCAUCCCUUGGUGCCAUCUCCCAGAAAAAUGUGUGUGUGUGUGUGUGUGUGUAGUAAAACAACAAACUGCUUUUGGCAGAUGUGUGUUCCGCCCCUCCCGCAUGUCCUCGUUUUGAGGACAUUUUAAAAUAAAUGAAUCAUCUUCCAUUUCUUGGAAGGAAAGAGGCAGCUUGUUCCUUUCAAAAAGCGUCCUUCAGAUGUGAUUUAGUACCUUCAGGCCCAAAAUCUUUGCAAAAACUUUUGAGCUCAGAUUAAGAUGCUCUCUCAGGAUGAGGGGGUGGGGAAAUAGUAAAAAUAUCAAGUGAAGGCGCAUUAGUCCAAAUAUUUACAACCAAUCUCCUUAACUUUAAGUUCACAUUAAGCCAGGGCUCCUGCCUUUCCCAGGCGGUGCAGCCUCCUCCUGCUGUACUUUCCUUACUGAUGCCCUUUAAAGUGUGGGAUAACCAGCCUCGUGUAACCAAGAAGCAUAAGUUAAUUAAAGCAUAAAGGGGUUAAAACCAUAGAGCAAACUGUACGGCCAGGCUUAGCUAGAUUAUCUAGCUUGGGAGGGACUAGAAUCAAUUAUUUGGUCCCCUAAGGCUAUCUAAUGAACUCUGUGUGUGCAGAAGCCAAGUUGCUUGCUCCAACUUAGUCGCAUGGCUCUCACAAGUAACUCUUAUACCAGUAACUUAGGAACUUUCACCACUUUGAAACUAAGCCAAAUUUUCUUGCUUGUGCAACUUUCUGGAGCAUACUUUCUGGAGCAAAUGAAUCUGAACUUUGAAUAGUUUGCAAGCUAGCCAUUUUUAAUUUACCAAACGUCUGGCCUUUUUCUAUGCCAGGGGAAAAGGGAAAUUUUGGUACUCACAAAGGUAUAUUUUAGUCUUUACGUAUUUGCAUGCUUUACUUUGCUGCAUAUUUCGUGAUUUUAAAUUUCUGCUGGGGCUCUCUCACCAAAGAGUACUUGCCCCAAACUUGGAUCUUGGCACCCAGGAAUUACCUUUUACAUUUGGCUUCUUGCCAGAAUGUUUUGUGUAAUGCCAGAAUUUUCUAAGUAAAAGUCAGCAGUCUCCUUUUACCUUAGUGUGCAUUCAUAGAAUCACAGAAUUGUAGAAUUGUAGGGUCAUCUAGUACAACUCCCCGCAGUGCAGAAAUCACAACUAAUAAUCCAUGACAGACGGCCAUCCAAACUCUACUUAAAAGCCUGCAAUGAAGGAGAGUCCACCAGCUUCCCAGGGAGCCAACUUCUUUUCCAUUGCCAAACAGCUUUUACUAUCAGAAGGUUCUUCCUGAUGUUUGGUUUGAAGCUCCUUUCUUGUCAUUUGGAUCCACUGGUUUGGGUCUUCCCUUCAGGAGCAGCAGAAAACAAGCUUCCUCCAUUUUCCAUUGUUCAACCCAUCAGAUACAGUGGUACCUUGGUUCUUGAACUUAAUCCGUUCUGGAAGUCUGUUUGACACCUGAAACCGUUCGAAAACCAAGGCGCGACUUCCGAUUGGCUGCAGGAGUUUCCUGCACUCAAGCGGAAGCCGUGGAAGCUGCGUCAGACAUUCGGCUUCUGAAAAACGUUUGUGAAUCGUAACACUUCCAGGUUUGCAGUGUUUAGGAGCCGAUUUGUUCGACAACUAAGCCAUUUGGGAACCAAGGUACCAUUGUAUUUGAAGGUGAUUCUCAUAUUAUUUUACCACUGUCAGUCUGCCACCCCCUCUCGCAAAGAGGCAUUAAUCACCCCUCUGGCCUAGCCAGCUGUCCCCUCCCUCCUAGUUUUUAUCAGCCAAGAGGGGCAAGUGUACAGAGCACCUCGUCAUCCUGACCGAUCCAAGCACCUUGUCCAUAUCCUCAAACCUUACUAACUGAAGCUCAGCCAACACAACAGGAAUAGACAGUACAGUACACUGGACACCCCUUGAGAUUCAUCUUCUGGAAUAGAAUAGAAUAGAAAUUCAAUGGCUGUAAUAUAGCUAUAUCAGAGGGCAGAUCCACCCCAUAAAUUUAAAGCACAUGAGAAUGAUGGAUAAUAUAGUUUGUUAAGGGUGCUGGAAAUUAUAGUUUUUUGAAAGGGGAAAGCACAUUUUUCAAAAGCCACCAGAAUCCACAGUAGCAAAUGAGACCUCUAGUAUUUCUGUGACUUUGGGCAGCUUGCAGUCCCAGAUCCAUAUUUACACUAAGUGACUGACCCUGGAAGGGUAUGAUGUGGAAGUGAGGGAGCAGGAGCAGGAAGCAGAUGUUGGUGUUUGGAAAUAGGUUAUAUGAACCUCAUUUUGUGGACAGCUUCCCUGUCUCCCAGUUGGCCUCCCAAGGUUUUAUCUGUUCUCCUUAAAAAAAAUAAAAUCAUUUCCUUGCAUGGGGUUGCAGUGACCUGCUGCACACUGAUAGAAAACAAGAACACAACCCCACAAUGCAAUGCUGUGGGCAUGUUUUUGAGAAGGGAGAUUAUCUGAUAGCUUAGCUAUAAAUUACAUUGGCGGGGGGGGGACGACACCCAAUAACUUGAUGACACUUUAAAAAUAACACAGAUUCCAUGAAAGCUUCUGCCUUAAUAAAUUAGUUGGUCUUUAAAGGCGUCAGGAGAUUUGGGUCUCAUCCCCUACCUGUGCCCCCUACCUGCACACAACCAACCUACACAGCUGCCCUUCUGGAAAUUUGACAUGGAAACGCAUGAAACGAGAAUCUGGGAACUCUUUUAUAACAGGGGAAGCCACUUUGGCAGAGGGUAGCUGGAAUCAGGAGAAAGCUGUGCUUUCCCUGCACUGACACCACAUUCACACCAUACUUUUAAAGCACCUUGAUGCCAUUUCAAAUAGUCAUCAUGGCUUCCCCCUGAGAAUCCUGGGAGUUACAGCUUGUUAAAGGUGCUGAGAGGUGUUAGGAGACCCUUUAUUCCCCUCACAGAGUUACAAUUCCCAGUGUCCCCUGUUGGGAAGGAUUGAAUUGCACUCUAGUAAUUGUAGAUCUGAAAGGAGAUGGGGGGUGGGGUUCCUCCUAGCAACUCUCAGCACCCUUUGCAAGCUGCAGCUCCCAGAAUGCUUUGGGGGAAGCCAUGACGGUUUAAAGUGGUAUCAUAGUGCCUUAAAUUGUAUUAUGGUUUUUUUAUUAUUUCCCCAAAACAAGAGCACAGGUCAUGAGAGAGAUGCCUACACAAUAAUGGUAAAUAGAGUUCUACAUAAGUAUAUUAAACUAACACGUAAUUUAGGAGCCGUAUUUCUUUCCUAAACCAUAUUUAAAUACAGUGGUACCUCGGGUUACAUACGCUUCAGGUUACAUACGCUUCAGGUUACAGACUCCGCUAACCCAGAAAUAGUGCUUCAGGUUAAGAUCUUUGCUCCAGGAUGAGAACAGAAAUCGUGCUCCAGCAGUGCGGUGGCAGCAGGAGGCCCCAUUAGCUAAAGUGGUGCUUCAGGUUAAGAACAGUUUCAGGUUAAGAACGGACCUCCGGAACGAAAUAAGUACUUAACCUGAGGUACCACUGUAGUUGCUUUUAAUGCUGUAAGCCACCUUGGGACCUUAGAGUAAGGGACAAAUAAUAAUAAUAAUAAUAAUAAUAAUAAUAAUAAUGGUGUGAAUGCGGCCUGAGUGUCCCUCUCCUUCUGUAUGCUUCUGAGCAUAUUUUCCUCGUGUUUUUUUUUAAAAAAACACUGCAGUCCCUGUUGCUCUUUCUAUAAACAUGACCGCUGCUGCUGCCAGAUAAUUUUGACUGUGGAAAAGGUGAUUUUUUAAAAAAAAUGCUCUGGAUCAUUAGGAAAGAGUCUGAAACUUUAACUGCCCAUGUCACAAUGCCCUUAUGCGCAUCUGUGAUGCAACCAAAUGUGGAAUGCUGCGCACAGUUCUGUUUACUUCACUACAAAAAGCUGGAGAAAGUGGAGAAAAAGUCACCCAAAGCUGACUUGUGUGGCGGCACAUCCGCCGCCAUAGCUAGUAGGAGCAGGGAUGAGCCUGUGCAAUGGUAUUGGGUCUGGGGAUGGGAGGAGUGGAGAGCCCCUCUAAGAGAGCUGGCUGCCAUCCUGCUUGGCUUUCCUGCAUUGGCAGCAGCUAUUUCAGAUUACCAGGGGUCUCACCUGGGUCUGCAUAAGAACAUAAGAAGAGUUUGCUGGAUCAGGCCAAUGGCCUACCAAGACAGCAUCUGGUUCUCACAGUGGAUAACCAGAUGGUUAACCAGAUAACGUGGAAAGCCCAAAAGCAGAAUCUGAGCACAAGAGCCCGCUACACCCUGGGAUUUCCGGCAACUGCUAUUCAGAAACUUUGCAGCAUAGCCAUCAUGGCUGGGAGCCAUUAAAAGCCUUCUCCAUGAAAUUGCUUAAUCCUCUUUUAAAGCCUUCUAGGUCAGUGGCUAUCACUGCCUCAUAUGGGAGUAAGUUCCAUACUUUAAUAAUGCGCUGUGUGGAGAAGUGCUUUCUUCAUCCCAAAUCAUCCAACGUUCAUCUUCAUUGGCUGUAUGCAAUUUCAAGUGCCAUGGACUGGGAGAAAAACUUUUCUUUCUCCACUUUUUCCAUAAAAUUACCUUGCAUAAUUUUAUAAUUUUGUGUUUUUAUUUUGAAUCUAUGGACGAAGGGCGGUAUAAAAAUUUAAUAAACAGAAAUAUCAUGACACCUCUUAUUUGCCUUCUCUCUAAGUUAAAGGGUCCCAAACUCUGCAACUUUUCUUCAUAGGUGAGUUGCCUUUGAUCAGGGGUCAGCAAUCUUUCUCAGCUGUGGGCCGGUCCACCGUCCCUCAGACCAUGUGGUAGAUCGGACUAUAUUUUGGAAAAAAUAUAUGAACAAAUUCCUAUGCUCCAGAGAUGCAUUUUAAAUAAAAGGACAUGUAAAAACUCAUGUAAAAACACGCUGAUUCCCAGACCGUCCACAGGCCAGAUUGAGAAGGCAAUUGGGCUGCAUCCGGCCCCUGGGCCUUAGGUUGCCUACCCCUCCCCUUGAUCUUUUCCAGCUCUACAAUAUCCUUUUUGAGGUGAGACAACCAUAACUCUUCACGGUAUCUCAAAUGCAUUCAUACCAUAGAUUUAUAAUUCCCGCUGGAUGCUGCAGGAGGCAUGUGGGGCUAAACGUCAGACAGACUUUAGGCCACAACUCUUGUGGUCAACAGAUCCUGUGCCGGUUCCACUUAUUCUUCUUAGUCAAUAUAGUUGUGGCCAAUUUUCACACGUACACAUCUCUUGGUUUGUUACUGGUUUGCACUUUCACCUGCCCCAAUGGGGGCCUCUAGAGCAAAUGCUUUUCAAGGAAAGGUUAUAAUAUUUGGAAUUAUUCAGUUUAGAAAAAUCCUGAGGAUGGGGAGACAUGAUAGAGAUAUGCAUGGAGAAAAUGGAUAGGGAAAGGUUCUCUCUCUCUCUUAUAUAAUAUGGAACUUCCUAGUGAUGACUACCAACUCAGAUGGCUUUAAAUGAAGAUUAGACAAGAUUUUGCAGGAUAACGCUAUCAGUGGCCAAUAGCCAUGAUGGCUAUAUUGCCUCCAAUAUGCAUCGGCAUAGCAGUUACUGGUGACCCUGAAUGAGAGAGUACCAUUGCACUCAUGACUUGCUUGUGGGCUUCCCAGAGGCAUCUGGUUGGCAACUAUGAAAACUAAAUUCUAGAUAAGAUGGACCUUUGAUUCAAUCCAGUUUAUGCUCCUGCAAGCUAUUUUAAAUUGUAGUUGCCAUUGACUAGGCCAGGAACCUUUUAUAUGCAGGAUCUGCUCUGCCAUCAAGCAUUGCUCACUUCUCUAAGAGUUCCUGUACUAACCAAGAAUGUGCUAAUGAAGUCCAGGCUUUCUGCACAAGUUUUCUUGCUUGACGUCUGUUCUGUCCCUUUUAAUGUCAGAAGGAAAGCGUUCGCUGUACUGAGCAGGGCAGGUGUGUUGGGGUGUUCUUGUGCUCUGUCUUAAGUUAAUUGUCUGGAUAAUAACACAGGAGACCAUGCCAAGAUCACAGCUCGGAAGGAAUCCUGGCCCAUUUCAGCAGGCCACAUUGAUAGCAGCAGGCCAUACAUGGGUUUGGAAUGAGACUAUUAGACUCUCAAGUUUCCCCCUUGCCAAGAAACACAAGGCAGGAAUUGGCAGCUUUAGGAUGAGUAAUGCACAAACACGGUGUGGCGUGUUGCAAGUUUUCAAGUGUGUUUGAGUAAAUGUGGAUCUGUCGCCAUGGCCACGGAGCAAAUCGAGCGGGAGAGUGAGCUGGGUCUCUGCGAGAAGCCCCAGGAAUGUGCACUGGGAGAGCAGAGCAAUCACUCCUGCCCCUGUUCAGGGGUGGGAGUUGUGAUGAAAUGAGGGGGAAUUGAUGCACACUGCAGAACCUGUAAGGUUUGCUUGACCCGGUCACCUGCCAGAGGGACAGAACAUUUUUAGGAGACAAAGACAAAUGCUUUCCAGGUGGACAGCAGACUUUCUAGGUCAUGUUCCACACUAGCAGCAGUAUUUCAGACCUCAUUUAUUAUGGUGAUGAUUUAUGGCAUAAGGCAGGACCUCCCCACGGUGCCAGUAAAGAGCCAGAAUGGAUGCUCUGCAAAUAUAGCCCAAAUAGGCGAGGACAGGAUGGGAGCCUAGUGCUGUUCUGCAGCAAUCACUGGGGCAUCGUUUAUAGUUAAGCACUAGAGCAGGAAUCCAAAGCCUGGGCAGAAAAUGAAAUGCAUGCAUAACUAGAACCUAAGUGCAUACUUUGCAUGAAAACCCCCAACCUGCCAGAAGGUAGAAAACAUUAUGGGUUGGGAGCGUUAGUCUGCAUGAUGUCCGGAGUUCCUUCCAGUUCUUGGGUGCAGUACCCAGUGCGGGUCAGAAUCAUAUGCAGGAGAUUGCAGACCAUUGGGACAUCCUACUGGAGACCCUUAGCCAAUUAGGGAGGGAGGAGAAAGGUAGUGAGGAUGGAAAAAGGAAGAAAUAGGCAGUUCUUGUUUAAACCUGAAACACUACCUGGCAGAAAAUUAUUACUGUUCCUUUAAUAGUGAAACCUUCAAGCUUUAUCCCUCGUUGCAUGUUUGUUUAUAAAAAAUAUUUUUUUUCCAUUCUCCUUCAGCUUUAAUUUGUAACUAGUUCAGGGAAUAAGAUAUCAGGAGUCCUUGUUGUUGAUCUGCGUAUGUCAUAUAGAUAAUCCUUGAAUUCUCAGGUAUCAGAGGGAGGGAGUAACCAAGGUUAAAAAACAUCAGAUUGGGUCAUGUUGCCCAGCUUCCAUCUUAGAAUAAUAGAAUUGUAGAAUUGGAAGGGACCCCAAGGGUCAUCUAGUCCAACCCCCUACAAUGUAGGAGUCACAGCUAAACUCACUGAGGGAGUUUGUCACAGAAGAAAUGCCUGGUUUCCCACUGAAAUCAAAAGAACAAGCCUUUGCUGUGUCCUGAACUCCCAUUGACUGCAUGGGAAUCUCUCUACUCUUUGAAUGGUGGCCGCCUCCUCCAGAUUUCAUUAAAGAUUAACCCACUUUUAGUUUUUUUCCUGCUACAUAUUUUGGCACUUAAUAGUUUUUACUGUUUGUUGUGACUUAAUAUUGAUUGGAUUUUUAAAAAACAACAAAACUAAAUUUGGAAAUGCACUUCAUGAGUCCACUGUGUUAUGUUAUUAAUUUCAGUAUUUAUAUACCACUUUUCAUCAGAAAUUAUUAUGAAAUGGGAAAACAUCUGUGAUGUUAUGAGUUUGUGGGUGAGGGGGUCAGUCCCUUCCAAUUCCCUAGGUCCUAUACCUAGUAUGGGUUAUAAUUUAACAGAUGAGGUUGCUGCAGUAAGUCAGACUGUUUUCUUUUUAAGACCAUGACCUUAGCUGGCCACUUAAGUGUCCUAAUCAACAACCCCAAAAAUGAGCUGGAUUGCAAGAGCUGCAACCUGGUGAUGCGGCCCUCCAUGCUAAUGGAUGGGCCUUUCCUCCACUCCUUCACCUAGCUGUUAAGUAGAACAAGAGCCAGUGUGGUGUGUGAGAGAUGAGCUGGGAGCCAGAGACACACAGACCUGCUUACUCUGUGCUGAAUCCAAAGCUGCAACCAAUGGAGAAGCAAGAUCUGUUGGGAUGUUAAUGCUCUGAGCCCCUCCAUGUUAGGCUCAGGUUGUAUAUGUGUGUAAAAGGAUGUGGGUGGAGGUGCGGCCAAACCACUGAGCCUCUUGGGCUUGCUGAUCAGAAGGUCAGCGGUUCAAAUCUGCAUAACGGAGUGAACCCCCGUUGCUCUGUCCCAGCUCCUGCCAACCUAGCUGUUCGAAAGCAUGCCAGUGCAAGUAGAUAAAUAUGUACCGCUGUGGCGGGAAGGUAAACAGCAUUUCUGUGCGCUCUGGUUUCUGUCAGUGUUCUGUUACACUAGAAGCGAUUUAAUCAUGCUGGCCUUUACCUAUACCUAUAUGUGUGUAAAUAAAUCACACCACAGUCUUUAGGUGGUGUGUAACAGUCUGUAGAGUGGAAGAUGGUAGAAUGCUAUACAUAUUUUCUCUGGGAAGACUGCUGGAGUGAAAAUAUGCUAUUUACAUGCUUAUGGUCUAGUUGCAUCCAAUCCUAUUUCCUGGGAACUCUUUUAAAAAAGCAGUCCUGUGGCCUGGUCUUAAUCUUUUGUAGUUCUUGCCUCACUGAAUGGCCUGAGCUAGAACAGAGUUGGCUUGUUUCGCCUGUGCUAUAAUCCUCCUGCUCCUGAUGGAAGAUGUCAUGCAAAACAAGAGGAUUUAUUAUUAUUAUUAUUUUGCAGAGAGCUGUAUUUCAUGGGAAGGGCAUGAAAGGAGUCAGAAGAGUUUUCCUCACAUAGCCUGUAGUGCUUUUAAAACAGGAUCCAUGUGCAGUUUGGUUGUUAUCAAAUGCAUAUGCUGAGAAACUCCUUUCUAUGAUCCACCAUUGAGAGGAUCGCCUGUCCCCAUAUGAACCAACUCAGACCCUGUGAUAAUCAUCUGAGGCCCUUCUUCAUGUGCCUCCUCCACCAGAGGUCUGAAGAGUAGCAACACAAGAACGGACCUUUUCUGUUGGCUCCCCAUUUGUGGAGUGCUCUCCCCAAGGCCGCUUGCCUGGUGCCUUCAUUACAUAUAUUUAGGUGCCAGGCAAAAGCUUUCCUCUAUAACUAGGCCUUUGGCUAAUUAAACAAUCAAUGUCCUUUUAAGCUAUCUGUGUGUGGUGGGAUGGGGGGUAUUUUUGUUAUUGUGGUAUGUAUUUUUGUGUUUUUAUAUUGUAAACUGCCCUGUGAUCGAAGGGCGUGCUUUUGCUCUAAAGUAAUCAUAAGAUUGCAGUGGGAAUCACUAUCAUAUGCCACAGUCUGGUUCUCAAAAGGAUGAUGGGAUAAAUGACCCGUUAAUAAAUAAACUGCUUGCUAAAGUUCACACUGAUCCUCUUUUCAUUAAAUAAAGAAAUCAGAUUUGUCUGGCUUGAUCUACCUUUUGGCAAGGCUCCAGCAUCCCAUUUGUUUGUUUUUCUUCCAGCUCUUGGAUUGUUCUCCCCUGCCCCCCCCCCCGCGCAUUUAAAGUUUAUUCUGUGGGUUUUCAUGCUACUGAAGGCAGAAGAACAUUGUUCUGAAUUCCUGACAGUUAACCAUUUAGUUUUCUUUUCUUUUGUAAGCUGAAAACAGGACCCAAAAGCACCAGGCCAGAGGUGGAAUAAGACCUUUAAAUUAGGACCUCUGUUAUACAUUACCUGAAUAGACUAGAACAGCUUUUGCCAAGCUGAUGGUAUAAGAAAAUUUGGGGUUUGGCUUUUACAGACCAACUCCUCCUUUAAGGGACCCUGUAUCUCCUAAGUUCGCUAUCAAUCAGAGAAGAAUGAGUGAGGGCAGGAACAAGUUGAAGAAAGUAAGGCAGAUCUUCAUUUUCUGUUGCAGCAGAGUUCCCCCUCCCCCUUCCAAGGAGGUGAGGAACCAGAACAAAAAUGUUUAACAACUUUUAAAGACUUUAGAAAUUGCCCAACCCCACCACUUGUAAGCAUCAAACAAGCAUCACAGAAAGAAGUAAUCUACAACAGAAAUUUGAGAGUAUGACUUGUCUCCUGACUGUCAAGAUACCUGAUAAUGCUUGAUGAUUGCCUUUUCCUGGCCAGUCUGGCCCAUUAUUUUGAAAUGGCAAAUACCUUGGUUCUUGAAUCCGUUGCCACGAACCUGCCUUUAUUCAUACGCAGAAGAUGCUCUUUUGACAGGCCUGCUCUGCUUUUAGCAGAUACUUGCCAGCCAGGUUUUUGCGGAGUGGGUAGCCCAUUAAUGUGAGAAAUCUAUCUAUUUACAGGAUUUGCAGAUUUUUGAAGGAUAUUGUGAAAGGUUUUUCCAAGAUACUCCUUUUCUGCUUCAGAGAAAAUCGCUCUGUGAACUCAAAUGAAGUGUCCUCCCCCCAGAGGCGUAGGAAGGUCAGGUGGUACUCGGUGUGGAAAAUUUCUUGUCACCCCCCCCCAUUGAAUCUUUUUUUUUUUUUUUUUUGGCCUGCAAAAAUGGUUUAACAUUAUUUCUUAUUUUCUUACAAAAGAAUGUGGAUUCUGGGCCUCUGAUAACAAGUAGGCGACUAUGGACAGAUACUUAAAUCUACAGGAUGGAUUGUGUUUUGGCUUGUGUUAUUUUAUUUAUAGUUAUUGUUUAUUUAUUUAAUAAAAUUUAUUUUAAAAAACCUGCAAAGUGGUUUACCAAAACAAAAAACCACCACAGCAGUAAAAUCAAGAAAAAUUAACAAUCCUACUUUGAAACAUACAAGAGCUAAAAUAUUAAGAUUAAAAUUACUUCAAUUUCCUAAGCAUCUAGUAUGCUUGCCUGAAGAAUGCUUUUAGCAGGUGCCCGAAAAGAGUCGAGCAGAGGCAUGUGCUUUGUUGCAAUAGGCGGGGAGUUCCAAAGUGCAGGUGCUGUCACAGUAAACAAUGCUGUACAGGUAUUUAUGUGGAACCUGUAGUAGUGCUUGAAACUACUUAAGGGGAGCUUUUAUUUAUUGUGAUUUCACCAUGCUCUGUAUUAUCUGAAAAGGAAAACAUUUAUUUAAAAAACAGAACUGCACAGCAGCAAUCUAGUCUUAUCAUGAUCAGUGGGACUUAUUCCCGAGCCAGACGGUGCAUAAGAUGGGCUGCAAUCCUAAGCACCCCUUGCAUCCAACUUGUACCUAAAACUCUGCACAAGCCUGCACCAGAGAAUUGUAGAAUUGGAAGGGACCCCUGAGGGUCAUCUAGCAAAACCCUUGGGGCAAUGCAGGAAUCUCAACUAGGCCAUCCCUGACAAAUGGCCAUGCGUCUCUGUUUUUCCCCUCAGUCAAGACACACAACAACGGAGACUGGAGGUGGGGAAAAAGAUAAAUUUUGACAAUGGGGCAGAUUUGUCAGGCAUGUGCAGGAACAGCUUGAAGACUUUAUACAGAGAGGAACCCCACACGGGUUUCCCCGCAAGUAAUGUAACAGGCUGGGAGCCAGCUCAGAUAAAGAGAAAGACAUUGGGGGACGGGAGGACAAAAGAGUACCAAAGUCCGCCCAUUUUAUCUUCUUUGGGAUGGUGGCACUAGGGCUCUGGGACCACCCUCCUCAAAAUAUUUGCUUGUCUUCAAUGUAUUGUUACCACUGUUAUUCUAUAGUACAGAUCCUUUUAAAAUUAAACACUUUCUCUAAAAUUAAAACGGCAGAAGUAAUCAGUAGCACAGAUAUCAAAGGAAAGGCAAGAGAAUAGUCCCUAAUAAAUACAAGGAAGACACAGAUACACAAGCACACAGAAAUAAAUAAUCCAGCCUUGGGGAGAGGGGUGGGAAUGUACAGUUUGCUGUACUUAGCCUCGAGAUGGCAGACUGAAACGGCUUUAAAAAUAAAAAAUAAAUAUCUUGUGUCUAGGAAUAUUUUUCUGCAAAAGCAACAGACAAGUUGUCCAAAGUGUGAACUUCAUUAAUAGACCCUAUUUAAAGGAAUUGUUCAAUUAGCCACAGAAUUGCUUUUGCUGAUUUCCCCCAUCUUCUUUUAAUUACACAACUGCUUUUGGGGGGUGUUAGCUUCAUGUAGGUAAGACUGGGGUAUGUGGCUGAGAGGGUGGGGAUCCUACCUUCAUCCAGGGGAGGCUGGCCUGCCGAGUGCCCAGGGCGGCGCUGAGCUGCUCCUCCCAGCACCACGUGCAGGCAAAACGAGGCGGCAGUGCUGCCAUUGUCCCGUGCGCUCCACUUUUGGGGGCAGCAGAGGCUUUUCAGAUGGGUAUUGGGGCCCAAACGGGGUGUGCAGGGCAGGCAGCGGCCUUGUCAGGCUCCCCCAGCAGCCCAGAAAGUCAGCCUAUGUGAAGAAAAUGAGACUAGGCCAAGUAGAAUUGGCCUUGCCUUGCCUUUGCCCCGCCUCUAACCCAGCUGGCCAAUCAGCUACAGGUAGGGGGUGGGGCCAAGGCAAGGCAAGGCAAGGCAAGGCCUAAUCUAUUCGGCCUAGUCUCAUUUUCUUCACAUAGGCCUAGCGGAGGAUAGGGCAGUAGGGUGGUUCAUAAAAAACUUUUUUGAAAAUGCCUGCUCCAAAGGUCUUAUCUUACUAAACUAGGGGUUAUAUAGCUAUAUCUGAAAUUUCAUGCAUAUGAGUUAAUAACUUGACCCUGCUCCACUGAAUUGAAAUUUCAGCCUUCAGGACAUAGGAAAACAGCCAAGUAAACAGCUAUUUUCGUGGAGGAGGGUCAAGAUAUUAACUGAUAUGCAUGAAAUUUCAUAUAUAGCUAUAUCAUCCCUAGUGUAGUAAGAUAAGACCUUUGGAGCAGGCAUUUUCAAAAAAAAGUUUUUUAUGAACCACCCUAGUAGGGCAGUAAUUGUUCCUUGAUAAUUUGUUACCCCCCUCUAUGAUGGCACCUAGGGUGGCCCGCCCCCCCUUCCUAUGCCCCUGCUCCCCCCCUCGUUUUUAAAGAAUAUUUCCUAAUUUCUGAAGCGUGAAGAAUUGCUUUUCUGUGGAGUGUGCGUCUGCUUUGUGUUCACCUUAGAAUUUGCGUAACACUGACACCCCCCAACUCCUAAUAUUUUGGACCACAGCUCCCAUCAGCCCUAGGGAGCAUGAGUCAAUUCCCUAUACCCAGCAGUUGAUCCUUCUGCCAGAUAAACUUGACUCUGGAAAAGGUAGGUUUUUUAUGUCUUGGAUUAUUAGGAAAGCAUCUGAAAUUAACUGCCCAUGUCACGAUGUCCUUAUGUGCAUCUGUGAUUCAACCAGACUUGAAAUAAUGUGCAUAGGUCAUGGAAACUCUCACCCAUAAUGAUUGUGGGGCAGGAACAUCUUCCCUGUAACUCACAUGUGUGCUGAAAAGAGUUCUAUUCCGAAAUGUCAGGUGGUGGGGUGGUGGCACAAGGGUAGGGGUGGCUGGGCCCAAGGUCCUGAAACUCUCUGGACCAACCACCAUUCCAGUUCAUUUCCAGACUCAUUGGGGGAAAGACUUUUCUAAAGACCAAAUUGCACAUGGCAUUAUUCACACUGUUAACUGUUACAUGAUAAUUAUUGUUUGUUUGUUUUUGAAAAUUAAUGAGGGAGGGAGAUUUAGACCACCGUUUGCAGAGGGAAGGCUUUAACCAUUUACCCCAUAAUGUUCAAAAUUGGAAUUAGUUCCGCCACACUUGCUCUUUGCAACAGGAGAAAAGCUGUGCUAUUUAUUUUCCCCAAAGGUAUAAAUGACAUGAUAUAAACACCCUAUCUAUGGCACAGCCACAACUGUUGCUUGAAUUGUAUUUUGAUUUUUUUGCAUAUUGAUUAAUUCCCCUGGGACUGUAAGUUUUUUCUUCUUGUUCCGCAGCUGCGCCUUGCAAAAAUCCAAUCUUAGCCACCGAAUUUAAGCUAGGCAAAAUCCCUCAGGUUGUCUGCGCUUCUAAUAAGACCCAAUUCAGUGGCUAAAAUUUGAUUAUUUGCAAAGCACAGCCACAGAACAUCAAGAAAAGGUCUUGUAAUAGGGGAAUUAAUCAGUGCAUGAUAGGGUCAAAAUAUGGGUCGAGCAAAGGUAUGGAUGAGCCCUUGAGCCUUUGAGAAGCAAGCAGAAGAAGAGAACGUUCUAUGUGGCUGUGGAUGCUUUUCUGCGCAUACACAUACGUUUGCAGAAAUAGGAUGCUUCAGACACCAAGGCAUCUCUAGAUAAGUGUCACCACACGUCUAUAUGGAAGUCCUUAUUUAAGCUCCACAAACUGUCUGGAUCAAGUUGACUUGGGGCAGGGCAAAGCUGUUGCACAUGACUAGAGAUGGAUCAGGCCUCUCCAUAUGGGAAAUUUGAACAUAAGAAGAGCCCUGCUGGAUCAGGCCAAUGGCUCAUCUAAUCCAGCAUCCUGUUCAUCCAGGUGCCCCAAACUACAAGCAGGACCUGAACACAAGAGCACUCCCCCACCCCCACCCCAUGGUUCCCUGCAACUUAUUCAGAAGCAUUACUGCCUCCAACCCUGGAGGCAGAGCAUGACAUUGUGGCUAGCAGCCAUUGGCAGUCUUUAUCUUCCACGACUAUGCCCAAUCCUUUUAAAGACCUUCAAGUUGGUAGCAACCACUUCCUCCUGUGGCAGUGAGUUCCAUAGUUUAACAUCCUUUUUGCUGCCAGCAUAGUUCAGCUUUAAGCAUGUGGAAACUAGUGAAUUGGUGGCAUACUUACCUAAUCUGCCUUUUCUUUUUUUCCUUACAGAAAAUGAAGCCUCUUGGACAGCGGAAGCGCUCAACGCCUGCUGCACUCAGCAAGGCACUCAGCAUGUCUAAGCAUCACUCCGGGUCAGCAACUUUCAUUUGCAAUCCCUCCUUAGUAUGCGCACAUGCUUGGGUUUUAUUGCCUAGAUCAGCCUUUGCCAAGCCUUAGCUUCAUAUGACCAUACUGGGUAGAGCUGAAGGGAGUUGUCCAAAGCAUAUUGAGGGCACUAGAUUGGCAGUGGCUGGGGUGAUGGUGACUGAAAUUACCAAUAUUCUCCCAGUCCAAAUGUCCAGCAUUCUAUUAUCUUUUUUUAGCGGGGGGUGCCACUUGAAAGAUUUAUAUACCCCCUGACAUUUAAAAAAGAAACAAGCUUCAAAGUGGUUUACAAAGAGAACAAAACAAUAAACAUAUUAAGAAAAUCUGUUAAAAACAGCUAUUCAAAACUUUUCAAAGAAUAAUUAAACUUACGGAUAAGCUAUAAACAGAUCAAAGCACAUUGAUAGGUUUGCCUGAACAAAAAUGUUUUUAACAGGUGCUUUAAAAAGAGUACAGCGAAGGUGAUAUAAACAGGCAGGGAGUUCCAUAGGAUAGGUACUGCCAUAUGAAAUGCUUGAGUUCUUACAAACGGUGUGAUGUGGCACCUGUAACAGGAUCCAGUGCUGCAGAUCAAGUGUGUGUUAAUGGGGUAAGGCAAUCUGGCAGAUAAACUCACCUCCAGUUGUAAAGGGCAUUGUACUGUAUACUACAAGUUCAAGCUGUUAAGGGCAACAGCUUGAACUUGGCCCAGCAGCAGAUUGGCAACCAGCACAGACCAUCUUCCUCUUGUCAGCAACUGUGCUGCAGCAUGCUGCACUAACUUCAGCUUCCAGAUCAAGUGCAGGGGAAGCUCCACACAGCAGUAAUUCAGUACCAGUUUCUCAGGUCAAAGCGAACAAGAGGGCAUAAAUAGGUAGUGCAAUCACAUAAGUAAACUGGCAAAUUUUAGGCAGAUCCAAGGCAACUGAUCACAUGGGAAAGUGAGGUCUGGAUUGUGCCUACUGGCCUCACCUCCAAAUCUCUGCAGUUUCACCCAAAUUUAUUCACAGAGGCUCUGUGCCAGGGUUGCAGACCCUGUGGCUUUCCAGGUAUACGUCAGCUCAUUUUUUAAUUUUUGUUUAAAAAAUAUGUUACAGUCAUUUGACCACGUGCAAUCUUAAGGCCACUGCACAUUUAACUGCUGAUUAGUUUUUUCUCUUCCCCCACCCCAUUAAUCCACAGGAGUGAAAACAAAAGAACCCUAGUUCCCAUAGGGCCACUGCAGAGGUUACCCUGACCUCCCCCCAUCCUACCAGGUUUCCUCUUUCCUGCACCAAAUUACAUUCAAUUUGGCUUAGCAAAGGCCGUUUUCUAGACGAGACUUAUUGGAGAUGCUGGACAUUCCACAGAAGAAGCAGUGAGAGAGGAAACAAAAGUGCGUGGCUCUUCCUCUCCUGAAGGCAACUUCUAGGUCUCCCUGGAAAAGCGGAGGUGGGCAUUUCCUCCAAGGGUGCAAAGUUCUCUUGAUGUGGGUCAGGAUGUGCUUCUGUUCCCUUCAGAUGAUUCCUAGAAACAUGAAUCACUUCCUCUCUUUCGCUGCUUCUGUUGAAAAAUCCAGAGUGGUCGCCACAGUUUAUUGCAAGCCUGUUCUAAGUAUAUGGAGAAAUAUUAUCCAUAACAUUCCCAUUGCAAAACUGAAUGAACGCUGCCCAUCUCUUGAUAAAUCUGUCCUGCCAAAUGCAGUCGUACCUUGGUUAUGAACUUAAUCCGUUCCCGAAGUCCGUUCUUAAACCAAAGCCAUUCUUAAACCGAGACACACUUUCCCUGAUGAGGCCUCCCGCCGCCGGUACCCUUCCACCGUUCAGCUUCCGUUCUUAGACCAAGGUAAAGUUCGUUAACCGGAACACUACAGUGGUGCCUCGCAAGACGAAAUUAAUUCGUUCCGCAAGUUUUUUCUUCUUGCGAGUUUUUCGUCUUGCGAUGCACGGUUUCCCAUAGGAAUGCAUUGAAAAUCAAUUAAUGCGUUCCUAGGGAAACCGACUACAGACCAGGUCCGGGACAGUCUGUCCCCAGCCCUCCUCAGAAGGCUGGGGGGGGGGGACAAGGGCUUUUCUUCCCACCCCCAGCAUUUUAAAAAACCCCGGGACAGCGGAGAGCUUCUCCGCUGUCCGGGGCGAUCUUAAAAUGCUGGCGGGCGGCAUUUUAAAAUUGCCCCGGGACAGCGGAGGACUUCUCCGCUGUCCGGGGCAAUUUAAAAGCCCCUGGGAAGGCAGGCAGGGGGGACAAAGACUUUUGCCCCCGCCAGCCUUCAGAAGAGGUCCUGGACCUCUUCUGAAGGCUGGCGGGGGCGAAAGUCUUUGUCCCCCCCACCUGCCUUCAAAAGCUGUCCAGCCAAGGCUUCGCGGACCUCUCCGCAAGCAGCGGCAGCACUGCCGCUGCUUGCGGAGAGCUGCCGGCAUGCCGAAGCCUGGGCGCGCUGAGAUCAGCGCGCCCAGGCUUCGCGGACCUCUCCGCGAGCAGCGGCAGCGCUGCCGCUGCUCGCGGAGAGUUGCCGGCAUGCCGAAGCCUGCGCGCGCUGAGAUCAGCGCGCCCAGGCUUCAGCGGACCUCUCCGCGAGCAGCGGCAGCGCUGCCGCUGCUCGCGGAGAGUUGCCGGCAUGCCGAGGCCUGGGCGCGCUGAGAUCAGCGCGCCCAGGCUUCGCGGACCUCUCCGCGAGCAGCGGCAGCGCUGCCGCUGCUCGCGGAGAGUUGCCGGCAUGCCGAAGCCUGGGCGCGCUGAGAUCAGCGCGCCCAGGCUCGCGGACCUCUCCGCGAGCAGCGGCAGCGCUGCCGCUGCUCGCGGAGAGUUGCCGGCAUGCCGAGCCUGGGCGCGCUGAGAUCAGCGCGCCCAGGCUUCGCGGACCUCUCCGCGAGCAGCGGCAGCGCUGCCGCUGCUCGCGGAGAGUUGCCGGCAUGCCGAAGCCUGGGCGCGCUGAGAUCAGCGCGCCCAGGCUCCGCGGACCUCUCCGCGAGCAGCGGCAGCGCCUGCCGCUGCUCGCGGAGAGUUGCCGGCAUGCCGGAGCCUGGGCGCGCUGAGAUCAGCGCGCCCAGGCUUCGCGGACCUCUCCGCGAGCAGCGGCAGCGCUGCCGCUGCUCGCGGAGAGUUGCCGGCAUGCCGAAGCCUGGGCGCGCUGAGAUCAGCGCGCCCAGGCUCCGCGGACCUCUCCGCGAGCAGCGGCAGCGCUGCCGCUGCUCGCGGAGAGUUGCCGGCAUGCCGAAGCCUGCGCGCGCUGAGAUCAGCGCGCCCAGGCUUCGCGGACCGGAGAUUUCCUAUGGGCUUUCGUCUUGCGAAGCAAGCCCAUAGGGAAAUUCGUUUGCGAGCGCCUCCAAAACGGAAAACCCUUUCGUCUAGCGGGUUUUUCGUCUUGCGAGGCGUUCGUCUUGCGGGGCACCACUGUACUUCUGGUUUUGCGGAGUUCUUAUACUGAAUAGUUCGUAAAAAGUUCUUAAGCUGAGGUUGCACUGUACCGCUUUGUGAUCUUGUUUUAUAGGUCCAUUUAGUCAUUAAUGUUAUUUCCAAAAUUUCAGAAGUAAGAAGCACAGAUUUCUAGUGGAUGGCAAAUUUGUAAAUUUAUUCCAAGCUUUGCUUUGCACAAAAUGGAACACUAAACACCCCCACCCCUCCCCCAUAUGUAACAGAAUGGAUGAGAAAAUAAUUUGGAAGGAACAACUAUCAUUGUUACUUGAGGCCUAGAUGACCUUGUUGGCUUUCCUGGGUAGAAAACCUUCAAGUUAGUCUACUGAAAUUCAGUCUACUUGGGCCUGCCUUAGAAGACAGUCCAGAACAUAACUGUCAAGUGUCCCUUAUUUGAAGGGACAGUCCCUUAUUCCAGCGCCAUGUCCCGCUGCUGCCCCUUAUUGAUGGAUGUCCCUUAAAUGUCCCUUAAAUGAUGUCCCUUACAUUUCAAAGGAAGCAGCUCCUCUCCCUCCCUCCCUCCCUGCCGGCCAGGGAGGAGGGAGGCUCCAACUGUGUUGCUUGGCUGUGUUGCUCACCCAGUAAGAAGUAUAAGAACGACUGGGGGGUGGAGCUUGAAUGCCUUGUGUGUGGCUAGUUAAUGCAAGCUGAGGGGUUUUUUGAAUGCUGGAUGCCAUUUUGUUGCACGUGCUGCUGCAAAUUUUGCAGUGCAAAGCCAGGCCGGGGAGCCAUCUUAAGUUGAGGCUGCAUAGGCCUUGUGGUGCAUGUGAUUCAGAUUCUAUUCAGCUGAACCUCUGGUUACAAAGUUGGUUGGACAGUGUUCUCGAAGCUACCAGCAUGAGUUUGACCAGACUGCAGGAGGACAGGAAGACUGGAGUGCCUGGAACAGGUGAGGCUGCAGGUCCCUUAUUUUGGCUGCUGGUGCCUUAUUUUCAAGGCUGCUGGUCCCUUAUUUUCAAAUCUGUAAGUUGACAGCUAUGGUCCAGAAAUUGCAGCUACUGCAAAAUUCAGCAGCCCAGAGUGCUUAUGGAAGUGGCAGACCAAGCAUAUCCAUUGUAAAAAAAAACCUUCACUGGUUGCCACUUGUUUUCCAGACCCAAUUUGAAGGACUUAUACUUAUGUAAAUCGAACUAUCUGCAAGUUAGGGACUUAUCAUGCAUGUGAAGACUGGUUCCGGGUGGACUGAGUGGACGAGACUAAUAGUGGGUCCAGUGGCCAAGAAAGCAGUUUCUGCAUGUGCUGUAGAGGGAAGUGAGGGGCUGAUGGGACUUGUCAACCUGGAAAGAGAGCCCAUCUAGGAGACGAAAACUCUGAUCCUAAACCUCCCCUGCCUUGAGGGUCAGGAGAAGAAAAGGCUAAGGACUAAUCCCUACACAAAUCUGGAAUGGUGUCCAUAAGACAGUUGGAUGGCGCCUGGCAUGCCUUCUUUCGGAGGGGGGGCAUAGCUAAGGUCCUGGCCUGCCCCUCAUUGCAUGAGGGGAAUUUGUGCCUGAGCCUUCUGGACUUUUCAAAAGAACAGCAAGCCCAAGCGGCUGUCUCUUUAAUAGCGAAUAAGUUAUCACAGAGUUUGGAGACUCCCUCGCUCCCACCGGCAAUGAGAUGAUGGAUUCUAGAAGGCCAUGCUCUCUGUCAUUCCUGUUCCAAAGAUGCCCUCACAAAUAACAUUUCCUGCCAGUUUAUUUAAUUGAAAUAAAUAUUUUCUUUAAAGCCAAGAUAAAAAAACUUUAAUGAUUUACACUUCAAACCAAGCAAGCUUUUAUGGGAACACUAUUUUUCAUUUAGCACCAUACUAUAACCCCUCUGCUUUUGGGGAAAUGAUUUGUGCAGCUUCCAGCAUGGUUUUUAUCUGAGAGGAAUUCUUGCACUGGCUGCCACUGAGAAGGCCUUUCCUUCUUCUAGCUUUCUCCAUCUUCUGCAAGCGACUCGAAUGGGAGAAACACAUUCUUGGCUUUAUUUGGAUGCAGGGAAGAAUGUCUUUUGCAGACUAGGCAGAGGGCAAAGAGGGGGCACUUAACAUUUCCUGGGUUGGCCUGACCCUGGGAAUUUGUCACAACGUCACUGGUGAUUUGUAGGUUCGCGUAUUAUUAGUUCCCUUGCAUUGCAUUUUUUAAAGAACAAGAUUAGAUAGAUUUUGGCCACAUAUCCAAAACUUGCACAAUUGCUGGUUCAAAGUGUUAAUAGAUGUUGGUGUUGGAUGCUGAUUUAGAAAUAAUCAGUUUGGGGGGAAGAAGCGAGUAAGAGGCAAAAUGAUAGAAGUUUGUAAAAUUAUGCAUGGCAUAGAGAAAGUGGAUAGAGAAAAGCUUCUCUCUCACUCUUGCGUAACACUUGAACAAAGGAUUUGCUUUCAUUAUAUGCUGGGGAGCAGCCCUGAGAAAGAAAAGAGGAAGGUGUCAUGCAGAUACAGUAUUCUGGGAGGGAGUUCCAGGUGUAGGAAGCAGGGACAGGUUCAUUUAAAGGAGCAGGAGGUUUUCAGAUAAAGGAGUGCUAAGAGUAAAUGAACCAAGUUCCAGUAGGACCCUGGGUGGAUCUGGUCAGGUUGGGUCUGAAGUGGAUGCUCAGACUCCAGAAAGCACUAAUUUUGUGUAUCAGCCCUGUAUGGGUGAUGAUGAGUCUUUCGUAAUCAACCAAUUUGGUAUAAAAUAGUUAGGCAGUCUCAGUAACAUUUUCCUGUUUUACAAACUAAUAUCUAUUUGAAGUGAUCACGUGGAACUUGAUGAUUUGACCUCUUUUAUUAUUGAGCAGUUUAGAACUUUUAUAUUAGACCUUAUAUUGGAGGCUGACGACUUAAAGUGAAUGCAUAAAGCUAUGGACCACAAUUAGGAUGCAAGCGAAGAUUUAUGCAUCUCACUCUGUUUUCAGCUCCCUGAAGCCUGUAACGAAUCCCCACCCCCCCACCCCCACUCACCUUCCCCCCCCAAGAAAAUCUUUAAUAAAGAUACAUUUUUUUAAAAAAACUAACCGACCUAACUAACUGACCCAUUGCAUUGUGGAUAACUUGGUUCUGCCCCCAACAAAAGCCUGCCCCCCAAAAUAAUAAAUCCUGACUAUACCCAACCUCUGGGAUGAAUUCACCUCUCAGCUGUCAUCCACAAAGAUCAUUGUCUGAGAAACUUUGGAAGAACUAAUGACCCCCAUGGAUGAGCAGCUAGCAGACAGUGUGAGGGUGAAUACCAUAGCUGUCAACGUUUCCCUUUUUUUAAGGGAAAUUCCCUUCUUCCAAAUAGGAUUCCUCGCAAGAAAAGGGAAACGUUGACAGCUAUGGUGAAUACUUUAUUGGAGAAUGCAGAUUUGGUCAAGGAAAUUAGUCUCUGACAUGAAAAGCAGAUUCAAUGAGUUCUUUUUUAAAAAGUAUUUUUAUUAAAGAUUUUCUUGGUUUACAAAAGUAUGUGCAGUGUCUCUCUCCCCCCCACCCCCCGGUAACAUUUUUUAACAGAUCAGUUUCAUUUGUUGAGACAUUAGGAAGAAAAGGGGGGAGAUGAGUGGGGGUGGGGUCAGGUGGCGAUAUUUCUAUUUUACUUAAUAUAUGUGGGGUUUUGUGUCAGUGUUGCUUGCGCAGGUUCUCAUUAGGUCAGUUAGUUAAGUAUUUUUAUUUAUUUACAGUCAUACCUCGAGUUGAAUGUGCUUUGGGUUGAGUGCGUUCGAGUUGCGCUCCGCGGCAACCCGGAAGUAAUGGAGUGCGUUACACUCAAAAUGACAUCACGCACAUGCACGGAAGCGGCGAAACACGACAUGCGCAGACCCGCCGUCGCGUCUUAACGUUCCGUUUGGGAUGUGAACGGGGCUCCGGAACGGAUCCCGUUCGCAUCCCGAGGUACCACUGUACUUGAUUUGGGGGGGGGGGGACAGCUGCCCCCCUAACUACACCCAUGUCCCAGAGAUUGGGGCUGCCAUUGCAUCCCUGGUCUCCCACACUAAUUGGAUCUUCUGCCAAGUUGAUAAUGGCCCGAUUGUGUUUUUGCAGCUGGCUGCUUUUUGCUUAUAUCAGUCAUGUGGUUUGAAGAAACCAGGAAGAUUGUCUGAUUUUUGUUGUUGUUGUUGUUGAUUCAGAUUCACUGGCAUACACAAAGCACGAAGAAGAGAUUUAUAUCCAAAACAUAUGUGCAGGAUCCGUUGGGUGAGAGGGGUUGUUUCUGGUGUUUUCCUGAGCUAAGGAUUUAAGGGGCCACCUAUAUCGGCAUUGGCUCCACUCCCCCAUCACAACUCAUUGGAUAAUUUCUCUUUUUCAGCAGGGAAGUAAUUUGUCAACCCGUCCAUUCAGACAAUGGAUUACCAGCCGGGGCUUUCGGUAAUCCAAAUUCCGUUUUCAUUUUGGAGGAGCAAGUACAGCUAACUGCAGGCUUACAGACGCAAGAGAGAUGUUUGUUCCUCUUCAGCAAUAUGUUGGUUGUUGCCAAGUUCAAGUAAGUGCAGAUUUGAUCUACAAGGCUGUUAAUGAAGUGGGUAUUUCUUAGGAGUACCUUGCAAAGGUUACUUGCCCAGGUGUCUGUACUUGGAACUGGAACUGGAACUUGGAACUGGAACCUUCUUGAGUGUGGUCCAUUUGUGGCCUCUCUCUCCAUUCUCAGAAUUAAGCUAGCCAUUGUUACACCCUCCAGAUGUUAGUGGACUACAACUCCUCUCACUGUUUGCCAUGCUGGCUGCUGGGACUGCUGGGAGUUGGAGUCAAACAGCAUCUGGAGGGCACCAGGCUGGGGGCGUCUGGUGUAAGAGCUUGCUUAGCUUAUCAUCAGGGGAGGAGGGCAGUGGUGAGCUUGAGCAAAUCAUAUUUGGAAAAUGGGUGUUUCCAGCUGUUUGUUGUUGUUGAUUGUAGGAUGGGCACAUUUCACCCAUGCAAAAAAAUUUUUUAGCUACAUCCACAUAACUUUAUUGGCACCAGAAUACCUGCCUGUAUUUUCCCUCUAUUGAAUCAGGAUUUACCCUGCACAUGGAAAAUCUGAAAAGUAUUUUUUUUAAUGCCAGCAAUCUGCUUAUGAUAUCUGAACGACCUGUUUGCAGAAUUAAUGAAGUCCUCAUAUGGAACACCCCAAGUUUCUAAAGUUCUUUUUCUUCAUAUUUUAGGGUAUUAUUAUUAUUAUUAUUAUUAUUAUUAAAAACUGGCCAUUUUCUGAAAUGGACCAUCAGGAUAGAAAUGUGCUAUAAAUCAGAAUGAAUAAAUAAAUAAAUAGUCAAGUCCUGACUUUCUGAUUUCUUCAUAAAACAAGUUAAAAAUGCAGCAAAUAUUCUUAUGAAAGUAGAACAUGAGGGGCAUAGGGUUGAGCGGGAGGGAGAAGCAGAAUUAAAGAAAUUGUGCAAUAUUUUGCCAGAUUAGUUUUGCUACUGCUAAGUAAAAUCACAACAAGGCUAAUGACUCUUUUAUGAAAUGCCAGACCCCAACAGAAAUGGGGAGACUUGGAAAACAUCAGUCUCUCUCUAUGCAAGGUUUUACUGGUGUAAAAAGGUAAAGGUAAAGGUACCCCUGCCCGUACGGGCCAGUCGUGUCGGACUCUAGGGUUGUGCACCCAUCUCACUUAAGAGGCCGGGGGCCAGCGCUGUCCGGAGACACUUCCGGGUCACGUGGCCAGCGUGACGAAGCUGCUCUGGCGAGCCAGCACCAGCGCAGCACACGGAAACGGCGUUUACCUUCCCGCUAUAAAUCGGUACCUAUUUAUCUACUUGCACUUGGGGGUGCUUUCGAACUGCUAGGUGGGCAGGAGCUGGGACCGAAAGACGGGAGCUCACCCCACCGCGGGGAUUCGAACCGCCGACCAUGCGAUCGGCAAGUCCUAGGCGCUAAGGUUUUACCCACAGCGCCACCCGCGUCCCGUUUUACUGGUGUGCAACGGAACAAAUAAUUGUGACUAUUUUAUCAUUUGUUUUAUUUGUUACAGUAAUUUAUAUCUCACUAUUCUACGAAAAAAUUGUGCUCAAAGAAUGUCAUGAUAUGGUAAAAUAAAACAGAAAAUUUACAAGAAUAAACAGAUCGUACACUAUUAAAAAGCAACAAUUCAAAACAUAAUACAUUCUUUAAAAUUAUGCUGGAAGAAAACAGCUUUCACUGCCUGCUGUGUAGAUUUGGGAAUUGACUGCUCCACUGGAGUCUUUUCUCUCAUAAGGAGGAAAUUUCUGGCCUCUGAUUCCUGACCCCAACAACAACUAUUCCCAUUCAUAAAUCUGUGGGUCCAUCCUGCUAACAAGGAGCGUGACUUCAUUGGUGAAUGUGUGUAGGGAUGAAUGAACCUGCCAGUUUCAGUUUCUGUUCAUCUCUCAUUUAUCCAGUCUUCAAGUUCAGGUCUCUCUGGAUUUGCACAUCUGUUUCCAAGUUGCUGCUUUUAAAAGUCCUCAUAAAACUUUGUCUGUAUUUUAAUGUAUAAUUUUCCUAAUACAGUAUACACAACUUGUAUGCAUUUUUGCCCUAGUAAUGCAUAUUUUUAUUAACAACCCCCCUAUUGUAAUGCACUUUUAAAUGUUGUUUUCACUAACAUAUGCAUUUGUUCACAUUUUCCAUUAAAAUGUGAGUUUUUGUGUACCUUAUUUGAUUGGAGAACUUGCAGCACAAAAUUCAGAGAAGUGUAAUUCUUCUUUUUCAACUGCACUCUGUUUUUAAAAGAAUAUAUAUUAUAUUGCUUUUUCACAUGUAAUUUAAAAGACAACAACAGUAAGCAACAACAAUAGCAGCAAGUCUGUCAUUUCUUGGGGGGAAAGUGUGUCAGCAGAUGGAACCAGCAAUUAGAACAAGUCUGUGAUGCAUUUUAAAAUCUCUAAUCAAAUAAGACUCUCCAGAUUUUUCCAUGGGGAAGUUGUGUCAAGAAUUUUGUAGGAUGGGUGUGUGUUUUGGUCACAUAUUGUUUUGGGAAGAGUGAAUCAAGAAAGUUUACCUUUAAGGCAAAUUCAAUCAAAUUUUUCUCUCUCCCCUUAAGGGUGGUUCAACAGUGGUCAUAAUUCAGGAGAAGUGAAGAUAAAUGGUGGAGAGGUCUAUGGUGAGGAUGCAGUAGAAGACAUGGGCACCACAUGCCGUCUUCCUCUUGCCAGCAUUCUUAACAUAACCUGUCUCUGGCUUUGGAUCUAGGUCAUCCUCCAACUUGAAAGUGAAGAAGCAGGUGCACCUGACUAAGGUGUGGACAGGCAGCUGCCUCAGUGAAGUGUCGGAGAAAAGAUUCACCCAUGAGACCUCCUUUGUGAUUGGCUGGCCCACCACCAACUUUGUUGUCACUUAUAGGUAACACCUUCUCUCAGAAUUCAUCAUCUAUCCCCCUCGCCCCAAAUCACCUCACAUUUUCCUUAAACAACAUCCGAUGACAACACAGAGAUGUAGAAGCUGACCUCCACCACCCCUCACUCACUAAUAAUGUUUCCCAAUCUUACUUACUUUGUUUGGCUAAUUUAUUUACAAAAUUUAUCUCCCACAAAAAUUUAGCUCCCACAAAGAUCUGGGCUCAAAGUAGCUUAUGAUAAUUUUAAACAACAGAAUAUAUAAGCAGUAAUUUGAGACAGGUCAAAAGCUGUCAAUGGCAAAACUACGAUGGCAACAACAACAGGAAUAAAGAGUUUGAACCAGUAUUAUUAACAUGGAGAUUCACUAAGGAUUGAAUGGUAGUUUAGCUUCCUUUGAAAUGUUUGAGAUUUCCUGCAGGAGGAGAAAUCUCAAAAUUCAACCAUUCAUUCAUUCAUUCAUUUACAUCCUUUGAAACAUACCAUGAACAUGACUUAAAAUACAAAUAAAAUUCAGUUCUGGACACAUCAAAAAUCACACAAGGAUUACUGUCUUCAAAGAACAGUAUAAAGAUAACCAUUCUUACUAUGAUUCUUACUGUUACAGCAUAAAUAAACAAUGCUGAGUACCUCAGAGUAGCAUCCUGAGAUAGCUGCAUUGCAUCCUUAGUUUUCUUAUUCUCACACGUUACAAAAUCAGACCAAUCUGACCCAAUCAAUUAAACCAACAUAUCAUUCUUUUUAUUCCCUCUAGACAACUUUAUGUGUCAAUUUAUGAUUUCUCAUUUGUCAAAUAUUUGGGGGUCAUGCUUGCUCUAUCUUUCUCUUUUCCCUUUUGCAAUGCGAUUCCUGUAGCCAUUUGACCUUUGAAAUGAUUGUGCCUAUUUGUCCAUUUCGUGGCUAAUUUCAUAACAGAAAUGCACAAAGUAUACAUGCUCUGUAAUUUUUCUUCCCCAGCCUGUAUCCCUCCAGAUAUGGUUGGACUACACCUUCUGUUGGGUGUUGAUGGGGGAAAGCUGCACCCAGCUGAGAGUGUUAUCUGAAAAUUGACAACAUUCCCUCCUUCACAUACUAAUUCUUCACAUAGCUAUUCUAUGGGAUUUGUUACCACAAGAUGGAGUGAUUGCCACCAACUUUGAUGGCUUUAAAAGGGGUUUGGACACCUUCAUAGAGGAUUUGACAAACAAAGGCACUAGUACAAUGGCUGUGCUGUUCCUCCAGGGUCAGAGGCAGUAUGGCUCUGAAUACCAGUUGCUGGAAACACAGGAGUGGAGAGUUGCUCUUGUGCUCAGGUCCUGCUUGCUGGUUUCCCACAGACAUCUGGCUGGCUGCUAAGAGAACAGGAUGCUGGACUAUAAAUGGGCCAUUGGCCUGAUCCAGCUUCAUAGCUCUAAUGUUCUUAAUGCAGAAAAUAAAUACCUUUAAUUCAGUAAGUCACUAUUCCAUCACAUCCACACCAUAUAUUUAAAGCCAAUGGCUUCCAAAGAUUCAUGGGAGCUGUAGUUUUCCCACUCAUAGCUACACAUAGUUAAGAACUACCGUUCCCAUGGUAUUUGGUGAGGGUCAUGUUUAAAUAUAUGCAUUAAAUAUAUGGUGUGGAUCAGCCCUUUAUUCCUGCUUCAGCAAACAAGGUUGGCUAACAUUUGCCCUAUGCCCCCCUCAAUAUCUUCCUGAUUGAAGCUAAAAAUGUAAAAUUUCUUUCCUCAUCUCAUCCAGGAAAUACCGUAUUUUUUGCUCUAUAAGACUCACUUUUUCUCUCCUAAAAAGUAAGGGGAAAUGUGUGUGCGUCUUAUGGAUCGAAUGCAGGCUGCGCAGCUAUACCAGAAGCCAGAACAGCAAGAGGGAUUGCUGCUUUCACUGCGCAGCUAUCCCUCUUGCUGUUCUGGCUUCUGAGAUUCAGAAUAUUUUUUUUCUUGUUUUCCUCCUCCAAAAACUAGGUGCGUCUUGUGGUCUGGUGCGUCUUAUAGAGCGAAAAAUACGGUGAUUUCCUAUUGGCCAUUCAGGCUAUUGGGGAGUCUUCAAUUGACUUUGUUCUGCCACGCAUUGCAGGAUACCUGAGUAGAAGAAUGACGACUCUUGACAUUUGCUUUUUACAGCCAAUAUAUGUUUGGGCAAACCUUGGUACAGGUUCUGUAUCUCUCACGUCAUUACAGGGAAAUAGUUUCUAAGAAUUGCAAGGCAAGGAAAGCAGACAAAGCAAGAUAUUAAUUAGAGGCCGUUGCCCAACGUGAAAAAGAUGCUUGCUUCAAACGUCAGAACAAGGCACUUGCCCUCCGCCCACUUAUCAGAGCCUCGCUUCGCUUCGCCAGGAAAUUGAGCUCAGCAGCACAAGAAAAUUAUUUUACUAAAAUAGAACAGGAAGGGGCUGUGCUUUUGUACAGUGGUGCCUCGCAAGACGAAAAGAAUCCGUUCUGCGAGUCUCUUCGUCUUGCAGUUUUUUCGUCUUGCGAAGCAAGCCCAUUAGCGAUUUAGUGGAUUAGCGCUAUUAGCGGCUUAGCGGAUCAGCUGAUAAGCGGCAUAGCGGCUUAGCGGAUCAGCUGAUAAGCGGCUUAGUGGCUUAACGGAUCACCUGUUAAGCGGCUUAGCGGAUCAGCUGAUAAGCGGCUUAGCGAUCAGCUGUUAAGCGGCUUAGCGGAUCAGCUGAUAAGCGGCUUAACGGCUUGGGAAAAGGGGGAAAAGGAAAAAAAAACCCCGCAGGAACUCGCAAGACAUUUUCGUCUUGCGAAGCAAGCCCAUAGGAAAUUUGUUUUGCGAAGCACCUCCAAAACAGAAAACCCUUUCGUCUAGCGGGUUUUCCGUCUUGCGAGGCAUUCGUCUUGCGGGGCACCACUGUACUGGGCCUUUGUCAGAAGGGACAGUGAUUUAUAGUUCUGUAUAUCAUCUAUGGCAUUGUCGACAAAGAAAGGGGGGGAACAUCCCCAACCUGAGGGCCACAUUAUUCUCUGGAUCAUCUUCUGGGGGCCGCAUGCCACUGGCAGGCAGGGCUAGAGGCAAAAGUGGAUGGAGCAGUGAAUGUGACUUUUACCCUUCAUAUGGAAGGCUACAAUCCAGCCAGACAAGACGGAGAUUUCUAUGGAGGAGGUUUCUAUUCAUGGAGAAUAAGUCUAUCAGUGACUGCUAGCCAUGAUGGCCAAGCUCUGCUUCCAUGGUUGGAGGAAGUAAUGCUUCUGAAUACCAGUUGCUGGAAACCUCAGGAAGAACUCAAGUGCUCCUCUGCUUGGGUUUUGCUCAAGGGUUUCCCACAAUGAGCACCUGGUUGGUCACUGUAAGAGUAGGAUGCAGGCCUAGAUGGGCCCCCUUUGGCCUGAUCCAGCAGGAUCUUCUUAUGCUGUCAUGGAAACCACAGGAGGGGGAGAGUGCUAUUGUUCUCAAAUCCUGUCUGUUUGUCCCCCACAGGGAACUGGAGGGCCACUGUGAGAAGAGAAUGAUGGACUAGAUGGGCCAUUGGCCUAAUCUAGCAGACUUUUCUCAUGUUCUUAGGCACACACAUCUAAUCCUCUGAGACAUUAUCACAGUUCACCAACACAAAAGCACUUGAGGAGCAGGGCCUGGCAAGGGGUGGGGCCUCUGGAGGGGGAAUAGCAUAGAGAGAGUCCCAAGGGCCACAGUUGGCCCCCGAGGCCACAGAUGUUCCCCACCCCUGUUGCAGCCAGAGGACUUUUGAUGCUUUCUUACCAUUGUGUUUACUACUCAUUUUCAGAUCGCCUGAAGUGAAGGACAGGUGGAUGUCAACACUGCUGUGGUAAGAGUUGCAUUCUUUUUGUCUGCAGCAAGGAUGCCACGUGGCGUAAAGGUAGGAGUGGCAUUGUGCCAUGGUGGCCUGCCUGUGGCAUCUAGUGGCCCUUGCCGUGGUUGCUGCUUGCUCCCCACGAAAGUAGGCUAGAAGCAGGGCUACCUCCAUCAGUUCCGUUGUGGCAGGCCAGCCCCAUCAGGCCUCAUCUCCCCUCAGCUUGGCACCUGAGGGCAACUGCCAUUCCCUCAGGCUGACUCAGUGGGAGAAGUGGGAAGCAGAAGGCUCAUUCCAUCAGCUUUGCCAAAAGCCCAGAUCCAUCAGGCACCUCCUGCCCCUGAACUGUUCCAACUGUUUAGAAAUCAAUACUGAGUUUGAAAUUUAAUUUUCUUCUUCCCUCCCCAUCCCUUUUUCCUUGUAUGUCAUGCUUUUUGGUUUUUAGGUUGUAAGCCUGCAGGCUGUUUUGAAUGUAAGCUGCUGUGGGAACCUUUUUGACUGAAGAAUUGGGUACAAAAGUUAUAGAUAGAUGGAUAGAUAGAUAGAUAGAUAGAUAAGCUAACUGGAAGAGGGAGGAGGGAAUGUGUUGGGUCUAUAAUGUGCCUCAGAGAGUACUGUCUUAUACUUUAUCAGUGUUCUACUUUGAUCCCAUUUAGCCACUUUUCAGGUGUUCAUUCACAAGGAUAGCCAACGUCCAUCAGCCCCCAGGGAAGAUGGGAGUUGUAGUUCCACAAUAUUAGGAGGACAUCUUUUUAGCUACUGCCACAUAGGAAACACAUGGGAAGGGUGGCAUUGCAGUGACAGGCAGCACCCUAGACUAACAUGCAUCCGUUAAAACAGGAAGCAGGAACCAUUUUCAACCUGAAAGCUACACUCCUGCUGUGUGGGUAGCUGCAUGCCAGGGCUGGGUGUGGCCAGAGAUGAAAGUGGGCAGGGCUUUACCUUUGUGCAGUAGGUUACAUUCCUGGCACACAGAAAUCAGAAAUUUUGAACAUACCCACAUACCCACACAUGUGUAAAGCAUUAUCACGGCCCCAGGACCACAUUCCAGCCAGGUAAAUGUUCUUGAUGCAGGACUGCUCUAAGGAGUACAACCCAAGGAGAGGUGUCAUGGGCUGAGCGGGGUCCUCGGGGCUUGAGGUUCUCCACCCCUGUGUUAGAACCUCUGAAGGGAGCUGCUGAGUGUGCACAGGACUUAAAUGACAUGGAGAUGCUUGAGUGAAAUCAACCCCACCCCAAAAAAGUUAGUCUCCCCAAAAUGGUCUGUAGCAGUGUUUUUAGUGCCUUUCUCUGCAUGCCCCAGUAACUAUGCACCUUGUGGUUUAUUUUCUUAAUGGUAAAUUUAUGAAUUACAGGCACAUCAAUGAAGUGAAGCAGACUGAGUAUCCCAAAAGCGUACCCAUGCAGAUUGUGUUGAUGGACGGUGAUCACAGCUCCUCUGUGAGUAACAGUGGGAAAAAUAGCCUGGCCUAUUAGGUUGGUCCUGUUCUUCAGUACCGCCGUAUGUGGCAGUGCUUAGUCUUGAUUUUCAAUCUACAGUAGUUUUAAGGCUCUAUGUUACCUGAGCAGAACCUAAAUGUGUUUUUUAUUCUUUGUGUCAAGAGCACUGCAAUAAUCGUCUCCAAUGUAGAAACAGCAGAGCAUGUCAUCAAGAGGACCACUGAGAAGCUGGGACUUCCUGUAAGUGCAAAAUUUAUUUCCUUUUAGAAAUGGCUCAGCAGUACUGCAUUAUUAUUUUUACUAGCUGUGAGGCGGGGGGUGGGAAGAUGAAGUCACUUGAGCUUUCCUAAGUGUAACUGAGGCAAGGGAUCCACUCAUGCCCAAGAAGCAAAUAGACUGGAGAAGGGAUCUGGGCCACAUGCUUUUGCAUUCUACAUUUUAAAAAAAUUAAGGAGGUAUUAAUGAACAGGAUAUUAUUUAUCUAGACUUACUGUGUAUGCAUUUUAUUUUUGGGGGGUAUACUGGGUUCUGAGAAGGAGUGGAAAAUAAGCACUAAAAGUGAAUAUGCAUGAUUUUGAUAAAUACAUAAUUAUGUCAACUGUAGGGUUGUAAAAUACAGAUUAGUUCUUUUAUGACCAACAUAUUCACAUGAAUGCUUGGGUUUCACCCCUUAGUACAGUGGUACCUCGCAAGACGAAUGCCUCGCAAGACAAAAAACUCACUAGACGAAAGGGUUUUUGGUUUUUUGAGCUGCUUCGCAAGACGAUUUUCCCUAUGGGCUUGCUUUGCAAGAUGGAAACGUCUUGCAAGUUCGUUUCCUUUUUCUUAACACCGUUAAUACAGUUGCGACUUGACUUCGAGGAGCAACUCAUAGAACGCGGUGUGGUAGCCUUUUUUGAGGUUUUAAAGACUUUGGUGAUUUUUGAAGCUUUUCCAAAACUUUCCCGACACCGUGCUUCGCAAGACGAAAAAAAUCGCAAGACGACAAAAGUCGCGGAACGAAUUAAUUUUGUCUUGCGAGGCACCACUGUAUAAGACAUGAGUGUUGCAAGUUGUAGACAAAGCCAUUGAUUUCUUUGGCUUUGCAAGCAUUCCUCCAUGAGAAAAUUGGUAAUGUCAGUCAAGAUUCCCUAAAACUCUCUCCCCCUGAUUUCCAAAUCACACCUAAACUUUGCCACUGCUAAGGAAGGCAGUCUGGGAGGCACAAGGGUGAAUUCUCAGUUCAUACAGAGCAAGUGGCUGUUACUCGUGGUCAAACCCUUUGCUCUGGAGCAUGUCCCAGAAUCCCUCUAUAAUGUACAGGGGUUCCUUGAGAAAAGAAGAAUUUGAAAGCCACUGGCCUCUUCCCUUGCCACCUAGGCAAAAUAUACUAGUUUAUAAUUAGACUGUGGUGUGCUAAAAUGUGCCAUGUAUAUAAUGACUCAAGACAUGUUCAUUGGCCUGACUCACAUGCUUUUCAAGUCUUUUGUGUGGAUAUUGCAUCCAUUUCCAACCUAGAUGGCUUUAAAAGAGCAUUAGACAAAUUCGUGGUGGAGAAGGAGGAGGAGGCUACCGCCGCCUGCUAGCCAUGAUGGCUGUGGUCUGCCUCCACUGUCAGAGGCCGUAACACUUCUGAGUACCAGUUGCUUGAAACUACAGGAGGGGAGAGUCCUCUUGCUCUUGGGUUCCUCUUGCAGGCCUCCCACUGAUGCAUCUGGUUGUCCACUGUGAGAAGAAGAUGGUACUAGAUGGGCCAUUUGCCUGCUCCAGCAGGCUAUUCUUAUGUUCUUAUGUAAGCCGCUGCUGUCCAGAUGCAUGGCUGUGCUAGUUGGGGCUGAUGGGAGUUGUAGUCCAAAACAUCUGGAGGGUACCAGAUUGGGGGAGGCUCCUGUAAAGUUUCAGCUUUGACUUCUUUCUGUCUGUCUGCCUUCCCCUUUCCUCAGCUGUACUGUUCCGCUUCCUCUGAAUGUCAGACAUGCUGGUCACUCUGUUGUAUUCCAUCAGGUUUGCAGCCCUGCAUUUCCUGAUCCUCCCUUCACCACCUGCUGCCUGGGCUUCAUUGCCUGGUAUCCCCUUCUGUUGUUUUGCAUCCCCUUUUCCCAGCUUCUCCAGUCCUUCAUUCUGCCACCUCAUUUCUUUCUGUUUUUCAAUCCACAGGGCCGGCCAAGAGACUAUCUCCUUUGGGUAAUACCAGGAAGGGACAAUAAUGCUUACCCACUUAUCGGUAAGAGCUCUUGCUUUCUUGAGUGAACAUGGAUAAUUCAGUAUUAAUUAAUGUCUAAAUGAAUAUUUGUAAGUCCUUCUGAUGUGAGUGGCAUCUUACCCUUUCAUUUCUGUGGAGUGAAAUUGUUGUUCCUUUUAUCAUCCAGGACAUUGCACUCUGUGAGGCAGUGUAAUGCAGCAGCAAAAAAAAAAAAAAAACCACACAACAACCCUAAUUCAAUUCUAGGUUACAUCAGCAGAAGUUGAGUGUCCAGAUCAAGGGAAGUAAUAGUCCCGCUCUGUUUUGCCUUGGUCAGACCACACUUGGUCAGACCACACUUCCAAACAGCUCUUACUGGCAGAAAAGUCAGAAUGUCCUGUAUUGUAACUGUUUGGAAUGUCCUUUAUUGUAACUUGAACCACUGGUUCAGGACCUACCCUCCUGUUACCUCCAUACACUACUGCCUCUGUCCUGCCCCCAGUAAGGAGUCACCACCACCACCAACCCUUCCUCUGGGAAGUGGCAGGAAUUGUUCUGUAUCAUCAUUACACCAUGUGAUCUCCCACUUGCAGUCUAAAGCACUACAGCCAAAUACAGUUUGCCACAUCAGGGAGAACCAGGCCCUUUCUGAAUGAAGGCUCUCCCACACUUCCAUUUGUCCCAGGCUUUCUGUGCGUUUGCCCUGCUGCUUUCCCUGGGAAAACCUGCUGUUUACCACUAAGUCGGAGUAAAAGUCCAUCAGGGUUUUCUGCAGAUUGACAUGAGUUCGGAUUCAGUGGUAAACAUCAGGUUUUCCAGGGAAAUGGCAGGGUGAACGAAGAACCUCUUGGACCCAUGCCCAGAAACCAUGGGACAAGUAGAAGGGAAUCCAGGACAAACAGAAGUGUGGACAAGCCCUGAGUGAAAGAAGAAUCAGAUCAAACCUUCUGCCUAAAGCAACCCAAACAUAUGGUUAUAAAAGUUAGGUGCCACCCCCCACUUUCUACAAGACUCCAAGGGGUUCCAGGCUCUCACCCAGGGUCUGUGGUCCUUUGGAAAAUUGAGACAUGGCAGAGACUGUCAUAGCUUUGAGGAAAAUGGUUUAUUCACCUAUUUACACCUUCAGUCUGCAUGGAGGGAGUCCAGAACUUAUGGCAUGGUCAUCUGAAGCAGAACUUGUCUCCCACAGCAGUGCAGCCCUGAAGUACAAGGCAUCUCUCCCAGCCAGCCUUCAGCCAACCUGCCCAAGAUGGAUCCCAGUCUUUCUUUUCUCCCAUUCUUCUUUCCAGCAAACCUUGCUAAACAACCCUCUUUUCCUGUCACCUCACACCCAGUUACGCUGACAACCUUCCAAAUCCCAGACUCUGUUCACACGUCAGAGCAAGGGGAAGUUCAGUUUUCUUGUACUGCUAAUGGCCCUCAACAGAGUUGUAUUGUUUUUAAUAGUCCUAGCUUGGCCAGGUUGUUUUGCAUUGGCUAGCUCAGGAAUUCCUUUGCAGCUUGUAUUUCUCCCUUCACAUCCCAAAUAAUCAAAAUCCUACCAUUUAUUAAUUUCUAGGGUUUAGCCCACCCAACCCAAAUCUUUAACACCAUGCUUCCCACACCAACUUAGACAAGAGCUAUGAAAUUCAAACUUGCAAGGAAAACAAUGCCUUCAGAGAUGCUGUGGGAGGAAAAAUGUUGUUUCCCUUAAUCAACUACUCCUGUUUAAAUAAGCAAACAUCCAUCUUCCCAUUAUGAGCGUGGAAUCUUCAGCUUGUUUAUUUCUCCUGUUAAAGAAUUCCAGCUGAUAUUUCAAGAUAUUAUUUCAAGUAUGAUAGGCUGGUAGUUAAUUCAGAUGGAGUUUGUAAGGACAUAAGAGCCUGCUGGAUCAGACCAAUGGCCCAUCUUGUUCAGCAUCCUAAUCUCACAUUGGCAGGACCCAAGCACAACAGCUCCCUCCCCUCUUUCAGUUUCCAGCAUGUGGUACUCAAAAGCAUUUCCUGCUUCCAACCACACAGAGAGAGCAUAGCCAUGAUGACCGGUAGUCAUUGAUAGCCAUCUCCUCCUAUGAAUUUGGCUGAUCUUCUUUUAAAACCACCUAAGUUGUUGGCCAUCACUGCCUCCAGUGGGAGUGAGUUCCAUAGUUUAACUCUGCACUGCGUGAAAAUGUCCUCUUUAUCUGUCAACUUUAUCUUCCAACUUUAUGCUUCAAUGGACAUCCACAAGUUCUAAUGUUAUGAGAGAAGGGGGGCUUUUCUCUAUCCCCUUUCUCCAUUCCAUGCAUCAUUUUAUAAACUUCUAUCACGUCGCUUCUUACUUGCCUUUUCUCUAAAUUAAAAAGUCCCGAAUGCUGCAACCUUUUUCCUAGGAUAGUUGCUACAUCCCUUCGAUCAUUUUGGUUGCCUUAUUCUGAACCUUUUCCAACUCUGUGAUACCCUUUUUGAGGGGAGGCAACCAGAACUAAAGACACUGUAAUCCAAAUGUGGUCACGCUAUCAGUUUGUAUAACGGCGUUGUGAUGCAGGCAGUUUUAUUUUCAAUUUGUUUCCUGAUGAUCCCUAGCAUAGAAUUUGUCACGGCUACUUCACACAUGGCUGGCAGUUUCUGCUUCAUUGUGUUAAACAUUGUAUCCUAGUUCAAUGGAUUUCUGAAAUAGAUACAAUGGAACAUUCUAUACAUAGUGCACUGUCUAUUCAGAUAGUGCUGUUUUUCUUGGUAAAAGAAUAAAUGAAUCCAUUUAGCUCCUAAACAGCUUUGCGCUGCCUUUAAGGAGCCUAAAUAAAUGCUUGGGUUUAAACUGAGGCUAAAUGACUGGUAACAGGGAGUGAUUUCAGAAAUAGGCAGCAAGAAAUUAAGAUCAACACAAUAUUUUUCUUUAAAUUAUUUAAUAAUAAUAAUAAUAAUAAUAAUAAUAAUAAUAAUAAUAAAUGCCCUAUGAAGGCAAAAAGUGUUUUGGAUUUUUUUGCCAUUGGCACAUAUCAGAAAAUGAUGCAAGUUUAGAUGUACAAAUAACAUUACACAGAGUAUUUACUUUGGCUGAGAGUAUAGGGCAUGUCUUUUCAACUUUUUCCCAUAGUGUUUCAUAACAAUUUCUAUUAUUACAUGUGACAUAAUGACAGUAUCGUAUUUAGGGUUGGGCUUUCUGGUCAAAAUGGGACGAAAAUGAGAGCAGAACUUUUGAUGAAGGCUGUUUGGGAAUGUUGAAAAGAGCAGCCUUUUCCUUGAGACUUUUCAGUUAACUUCUUUCAGAGGAGCCAAAACCCUUUCACUGUUGCUUCUCUCAGGCUGUGGGAGAUGUCAAAGCCUUUUAAAGCAGACUCAGCAGAUUUGGGGUCAGAGCCCCUUCCACCCUCCUCCUCCUCCUUCAGAUUCCCUUUCCUUUGGAUGGCUAACCAUGUCACAUCUGUGAUGGGCUUAAGGUUUGUUUAUUUAUAUCCUACUGUGUAGCCCACAGGGGAUCCCCCCACCCCACAAAAUUUCACCAAUGAAAAUUAGAUCAAAGUCUAGUGUGAGGAAUAGACCUGCCAUGCUGUAUUACUUCCUUUACAGGUAAGGGAUGAUCCCAUGUCUGGUGUGAAGGAUAGUUCCACAAUUUCUUCCUUUGGCUAGAUGUGGUUGGUGGGCACAGGAUUCUUCUCCAACUAACACCCCCAGGCCAGUCAGUGACCCACUGUGGAUCUGAGUCUUGACUAGGGACUGGAGGAUAAAUUAGAUUCAGGGCUUAUCCACACUUAUCUUUCAUCUACUCUUUCUAGGCUCUGUGUCUGAGUGCCCUUCUUUUUGCCCUGGAGUGUUUCCAGUGAAAAUCUGCUCUUUAAAUAUGAAUUGGAGCAAAUGGCAAUCUGCAGAAAACCUGGCUCCUCUGAAUGAGCACUAAAGAGUGAGGGAUGGGGGGGAAACUCCAGGGCAAAAAACCCCCAAUGUUUGGACAUGGAGCUUUUAAGCACAGACCUGUACCUGGAAAGCGGAGGACAAAAGAAAAGUGUGCAUAUGUUGUAAACAAAAUCUGGUCUUGAUCCCUUAUGGGAUACACAAGAGCCCUUAUAGAGUCCUUUGUAGGUUCUCCAUCGGUAGGAGAAAAGAACAGAGGCCAACCAGAGAAUAUUGAGAAGCAAAGCAUCUAGUAAGCCUGAUCUUCAUUAACGCUGUUGCAACAGGGUGCUCCCUUCACACACAGGAGAGUGGAAGUGGACCCAGAACAAAGGUGUGCCUCCCCUUAUAUAGACAUUUUGAAAUUCCCUGUCCUGGAGCUCUAGACCACAACCAGAAACAUCAUUCAUACAUCACAGAAGGGGUGUAGACCAAGACCACCCUCCAGAUACAUCAUACCUACUUCAUAGAAAAGGCGGUCUACAACAGAAUUCUGAGUGCUUUGUUUAUCUCCUGUCUGCCAGGUUAUCUGAUAAUGCCUUAUCUGAUUGCCUUUCCUGGUAGUCUGGCCAUUCUUUUGAGAUGGUAAUCACUUAAUUCCCGAGACAAUAGGAAGGUUCCCUCACCCUCACCGUCCUUGCAGAGAAACAUUUGGUCAGUUUGGGAGUCAAAAUGGUUUCAGGGCUGUAUUUCUGUGCUGCUGCAGACAUGUGGUUUAUAUAUUUAUGCAUGUCUUUGCUUGAUACAUUUAUGAACAUUUAUUAUAUAUCUAAGACCUUAAAAUUCUUAUAACACAUACCGUAAUAAGCCCUUUGUUCUCAUUUGAAGGGAAAUUGUCAAAUUCUUACUUUCCUAAACAAUAUGGGAAUGAAAGCAUGGGACCUUCCUUAGAAAUCUGUACAUGUCCAAAUUUUGAGGUGCGGUUUUCUAACCAAACUGUGUUUACAAAAAUGCAUAUACAUUGGUACCUUGGUUGUUGAACUUAAUCCAUUCUGGGAGUCCAUUUGGCUCCCGGAACUGUUCAAAAACCAAGGUGUGGCUUCCGAUUGGCUGCAGGAGCUUCCUGCACUCAAUCAAAAGCCACGUAAGCUGCGUCAGAUGUUCAGCUUCUGAUAAAUGUUCACAAACCAGAACCACUGUAUUAGGAGAGAGCAUGCAUAAAAAUGGAAUAUAUGGUGAAAAUAUCAUACAACAUGCUAGAAGUUGCUUGCAAGAAAUGUGUACCUAAAACUGCAUACAAAAAUGCAUGUGUUGGGGAAAUCUGUAUUAAAAUGCUAAAUAAUUUUUGUAAGGACUUUUUUUUAAUUGCAAAUUGCUGCAGAUAUUCAGAGAAUUGAGUUUAAGGUUAUAAAAAUGAGAAACAGAGAGAUCAGAAAUAUAGUGGUACCUCGGGUUAAGUACUUAAUUCGUUCCGGAGGUCCAUUCUUAACCUGAAACUGUUCUUAACCUGAAGCACCACUUUAGCUAAUGGGGCCUCCUGCUGCCGCUGCACUGCCACUGCACAAUUUCUGUUCUUCAUCCUGAAGCAAAGUUCUUAACCCGAGGUACUAAUUCUGGGUUAACAGAGUCUGUAACCUGAAGCAUAUGUAACCUGAAGCGUAUGUAACCCGAGGUACCACUGUAGAAAGGUCUUUCCAUCCCUCGUCUUGACAGGCAAGUUCUUUCAAUGCAUUUAAUUUCGUAAGUCCAGCUGGUUUAAGCAUGGUCAGGGCUAGCGCCUUGACUGUUUUCAGAAGCUAACACCUCUUGUCGUUACAACAGGCCAUGAGCAACCCUUCAGCAUUAUUCUCAGCUGCCUCGAAGACUUCAUGCACCAGCCACAAGAUACUGACAACAGAAUGCCGCUCACUGAUUAUUAUGGAAAUUCCAUCCUGGACCAGCUCCCCAGGGAUAGGCAAUGCCAGUUCAUCCUGAAACUCAGACACCAAGCUCCAGAGCAGCUGCAAAGAGGUAAGAAUAUAGUCCCGAAUUGCUGGCAAAUAUAGUCCCGAAUUGCUAGCUUGUGGCCUACUGUUUUAAUUGUGGGUAGAAAUUUAAUACCAACAUGAAUUUUCUCACUAAUUAGGAAUCCAGUAAAUUCAGAUGCAACUGUUUGAACUCUGGGCUAAUUUUUGUUUCUGAAUUUUUACUUUGAGAGUAAAAUUUGGCGCCCCACCCCAAUAUUAUUUUAUUAAGGCAAUAAAAUUGUCAAAUGUUAUUAAACACCUUAUUGGUUUAUCAAAUCACCAAAUAUUGUUAAUGGAGAUAGUUGAGGAGCAGGAAAAGGAUAAAGGGGGAAGGCAGAGGUUCGCAAUUUGUCCUCCUUCCCUAGUGGAGGCUAAUAACUGCUUCAGGAACUAGAAGAUUCAAUCAGCAAAAUGAGUUGCUGCUGUUUUUGGGGUGGGAGGACUGAACACCCCUCCCGCAAGCGAAUAUCUUUCUAGUCCCUCAUUUCUAUAUAAUGCAUUCCAGUAGUUCACAAAACAGUUCCAUCUCUCUGCAUAAAGAUCUUAGAGACCUCCCUGCCUCAUUUCUAAUAGCUGCCCAUCAUUCUGCUUUAUUAGAAAGCAAUACCGCUCAGAUAUUAUGGGCAUAAGGCCUAGUGCUUUGAUGGAUAUAUUACGAUCUACAUUUGUUGGGGUUAGCAGUGUAUGUUGAGGGCAGAAGAGACAGAAGGAAGACAAGGAGAAAAGGCUUGCUCAGCCAGGAUGGACAGCAGGGGAAGGAGAGGACAUUUGGAAGUUCAUGGAAGAUCAGCAGUCCCACUUCUUAAUUGCUCCGAAUUGCCUGCCUGGUACCCAGUUUGUACCUCAUGAACCUUGCCUUGGAAAGGGAACACCCUGAAACCUGAGGUACAUUUGUUAUUUCAGAAAAGGUACAGAAGCACACCAAGAGGAAGAAAUCUUUGAUCGAUUGGGCACUCCGCCGAAGCACCAGCACCCCAACUAGCAGCCCAGUAUCACAGUCUCCGACCACCUCGAGGAAGCUUUUUGGCCUGUCCCUGGAAUCAUUGUGUCCUGAUGGAAACCUCCCCAAGCCAAUUAUGGUAAGAUGGGGACCCAGGGAUGUUGUUUGGGUGCCUCUGCAGAAUAGCUUCUUUACUCUUUUGUUCACUGUGUCAGUGCAUAUUUAGAUGCAUGGGAAGAAGGCUGUGAAGGUGGCUUGGGCCCUAUCUGCACUAUACAUUUAAAGCAGUAUCAUACCACUUCAAACAGUCAUGGCUUUACCCCAAAGCAUCCUCGUACCUGUAGUUUGUUAAGGGCGCUUAGAGGUGGUGGUGGUUGGCGCUUAGAGUUUGUUGUUGUUGUUGUUGUUGUUUGCAUUUAUGCCCCACCUUUUUCUGCAAAGAGCUCAAGGUGGCAUACAUGGCUCUCCCCAUCCUCAUUUAAUCCCCACAUCAACUGUGAGGAUGGUUAGGCUGACAGAGGCAGCAACUGGCUCAAGGUCACACUGUGAGUGGGUUUCAUAGCCAUGUGGGGAUUUGAAGCAGAUCCUGGUCUAAUACUACACAACAGCGGUUAUUAAGAGACCCCUGUUCCCCUCACAUAGUGACAAUUCCCAGAGUGGUUUAUUAUGGUUGUUAGUAUUGUUAUUAUUAUUAUUAUUAAUAAUAAUAAUAAUAAUAAUAGUAAUAACAACAACAACAAUAAUUUCAUUUCUAUACUGCUUUAUAUUUCUAAGAAAAAAAUCUCAAAGCAGUUUACAACACAUUAAAACAUCAAAUAAAAUAACCCAGGAUAAACAUUACUGAAGAAAAUCAAAUACAAAGGGAGCUGGACUAGAGGACCCUUAGGACCUCUUUCAUAUCUAUGACUCUAUAACUGUUUAUAAUACAGUGGUACCUCAGUUUUCGAACAUCUCUGUUGACAAACAGUUCGGUUUUCAAAUGCUUCGGUAAAUGCUUCUGUUUCCAAACACGCCUCGGAAGUCAAACUUGCCAUGCAGCUUCCGCUGAGUGCAAGAUCCUGAGGCCUAGUUGUCGGCUAAUGAGUUUUCGGUUUUUGAACAUUUCAGAAUUCGAACGGUCUUCCGCAACUGAUUACGUUCAAAAAUCGAGAUACCACUGUACAGUGGAACGUCGAUUUUUUGAGCAUCUCGGAAGCUGAACGUUUUGGUUUUUGAACACCGAAAACCAGGAAGUAAUUGCUUCUGUUUUCGAACACACCUUGGAAGUCGAACGGCUUCUGCUGAAAUUGCAGACUGCCUUUUGCACUUCGGUUUUUGAACGUUUCAGAGGUUGAAUGGUCUUCCGGAAUGGAUUACAUUCGAAAACCGAGGUUCCACUGUACUGAAUUUUAAAUUGCAACCUGCCCUGGGACCUGCUGGUGAAGGAUGGGUAAUUAACAGCAACAACACGAAUAUUCUCUCUGUCAUGAAUGAGAGCUUAACCUGAUUGUCUAAAAUGCAAAUUAUAAUAAUUGCCCUUAGUGAUCAUAUAACUGACAUUGUUCACUUCCACACAACCCCAGGAUAUCCUGCAACUCCUGUACCAUGAGGGCCCCACCACAAGGGGCAUCUUCAGGCGCUCGGCUAAUGCCAAGACUUGCAAGGAACUGAAAGAAAAACUCAACUCUGGAGAUGAUGUCCAGGUGGAUGGUGAAUCUGUCUUUGUGGCAGCUGGAGUUAUUACAGUAAGUUGGACCAUAUUGGUAGUACUUUAAAGACCUUAAGUUUUGCUGUGCUGACUAACAAGGAACUGCUGCAGUGGCUUAAGGUGUAUUGUUGUGGUAUCAUAGAAUCAAUAGUUCGAAGGGACCCCAAUGGCCAUCAAGUCCAACCCCUUGCAAUUCAGGAAUUUCAACUAAAGGGAGGGCCUUUAAUUCAGAAUUGAUGGCAAGUGGUGUCAUAUAACCCUCUCAGCCUAUGGGCAACAGCAGUUUUGAGUCAUCCCAUACUAACAUUCAGGCAUGUCAACUAAUUAAGAUAACAGUAGAGAAGUGUGAAGGGUUAAAGACUGGCAAUCUGUGCAGAAAGAUUAGAGGCAUUCAACAUGCCAUUCUUCAUGGCAAUUAGUAAAAAAUUUGACCCUCCUUGCUCCCAUGAUAGUGCAAACUGUGCUUCAUGAAGAUACAGAUGAUGUUAAUUUUGCCCAAUAGGUUUUCUUGCAAACAGUGAGGUUUCUAGUAUUGUGGUGUUCUGGCCUUCUUACAGGUGGAUUCUGAGAAGCCCUGGAAAAUGAAACCAAGUGUGGUAGAGCAGCCUUGGGCAAUAAGCUUCUAUCUGCACAGCACUGCACACAAUGCCAUCAGACUGAAGUGCACAGGGUCCAUUUUGUGCUCAUGCCAAAAGGGGAUUCCAGACACUGCCAGUCAGCUGGUUGGCAGCACCUGCGGGGAUUGAAUGAGCAAAUACUUGUCAGGGCUUUGAAGCCCAUUGCAAAACAUUCCAGCAGGUCACCUGGUGUCAUUGUGAUGCUAGGUGGUUGACUGGUGGGUGUCCACAUCUGCCUAUCACAGGGUUUCCCAAACUUGAGUCUCCAGCUGUUUUGGACUACAAUUCCCAUCGUCCCAGACCACUGGUCCUCCUAGCUGUGGCAUGGCCAAACUUGGCCCUCCAGCUGUUUUGGGACUACAACUCCCGUCAUCCCUAGCUAACAGGACCAGUGGUCAGGGAUGAUGGGAAUUGUAGUCUCAAAACAUCUGGAGGGCCAAGUUUGGCCAUGCCUGUCCUAGCUAAUAAUGAUGGGAGUUGUGGUUAAAAAAACAUCUGGAGACCCAAGUUUGGGAAGCCCUAGCCUAUCAGAUUUGGGCCAUACGGUGAGGGAUAAAUAGACUUUUCCCACCCCUACCUUAAACUGUGUGGUUUUUGACACACACUCACAAAAUCAGGGCUUUUGUGCUUCAUUGUAGAAUAAAUCUCAAAAUUGACUCAGUUGCUCUCUGCAUGACUAACCAAAUCACUCUGCAUGUCUGUAUUUAAUAUAGGAUUUCCUACGCAAUAUACCUGACAGUGUUCUAUCCUCAGACAUGCACGGGCUGUGGAUGGAAGCCAUGGAUAAGGAAAGCCGAGCACAUAAGAUUGAAGCACUCAAAAGGUUUGCUACUGGGGCAGUCUGUCUGCUUUGAUAACCCUGGGUAGUGAAUAUCUACUACUACUCAGUCUCCCAUUCCAACUGUCAUGUGGGAUCCUUUAGAAAAAAUAGUGCCAUACGCUACAUUCUAGUAAGAUGCUCUUAUUUUAAGGAGAAUUUCAAGCAUGCCCCCUCCUCAAAAUGGCAAGGGGAUGGAAAAUUACUUGAUCCAUGUAGUGGGUGGGGGGGGGGGAAACAUAUGUGGACCCUGGCUAAUUUCUCUUAGCCUGACUUUAAGGGAAGGGCUCAGCAAGAGACCACAAGGUUUGCCAGCAGAAGAUCCAAGAUUCAAUCCGUGGUUUCUCCACUUAAGAGGAUCGGGGAGGGAGAGAAGGAGACGAUGGGAAAAACCUCUGUCUGAAUCCCUGGAGGGCCACUGCCAGCCAGUGUAGGCAAUACUGAGCCACAUGGCGCCUUCCUGUGUUCCUAAACUCACAGAGCGGUUGUGAGGAUAGAAUUGCAAGGGAAGAGCCUUGUCUACCGCUCUUGAGUGCAGUCGAGGAAAGGCAGAUUUGGAAAUGUGAUCUAUCAACAAGCAAGCUUCCAAUAUUUCCUGGAACACAGGUUGGAAGCCACUCUUCCGAUUUAUGCCAGCUGCUCUUCAUUCAGCAGUUGAUGGCUUUCCAUGGGCUUUAUACAUGAGCAUUAUAACAGGCUCAUAAUUUGGGGUAGAAUUAGAAAUGCAGAAGCAUUCAAGGCUCAAGUCCUGCUAUGGAUUCAGCUGAGGUAAGGUAUCAUUUGCAGGAACCCUGCUUCUCAGUUGUGCUGCCAGCUGCCCAGGACUGGAUACUUAUACUUUCUCGGGGGAAAUGAUAAAACUUUAGUCCGACAUGCAGUUGCCAAAAUCAAACCCAAGCAGCAUGUCCAAAGGAUUAAAAAAAUAAUAAUCCUUGUUAAGAAUUCUAAUGUUGCAUUCAAAAUUAAAGUAGCAGAAUUUCCUGCAAAUGUUGAAUGCUUGCUUUUCCUUUCUCAGUUGAUGUGAAAACUUGAGGCACAAGUACAUUUAGGGUAUGCUUUGGCUGUGCAGAGUAGUAGUUACUGUGCCACGAAAAUCCCAUCAGAUGUGGACCCUCCUCCAGGGAGCCGAUUCGCCCUUUUUGCCUGUGGUCUGAGCUGAUGUUCUUCAUUCUUGUUUCUCUUCUCUUUUUUUGCAGCUUAGUGAAUCAGCUCCCAGAAGCAAACCUCAUUUUGCUCAGACACCUAUUUGGAGUUUUACAUCACAUUGCGCAAAAUUCGACAGAGAAUCAAAUGAACGCCUACAACUUGGCCCUCUGCAUCGCCCCCAACAUGCUGUGGCUUCCCAGCCCAACAGGUCCUGAGGAGGAAAGCAAAUCCACAAAGAAGGUAACAGCCUUCUCUGCUUCUGGGUUUUUACCCACAUCCCUUUCGUUGGCUUUUCCCUUUGGCUCAGACACUCUGAACUCUGAUUAGACUUCCCAAAUCCUUGUUAAGUUUGUAGUCCCCUUUCUCAGAGCUGGAACACAGAGCUAGCAGUUGCAUGAUGCUAACCCUGGCCCAAAUUGCUUUGGUCAUCAUGUCCAGAGGAUAUUUGUGAUAUGGUAUGACAGUACUGACCACAGUAGCUCAUGCACUGGUUACUUCAAAACUGGAUUACUGCAAUGCACUCUAUGUGGGACUUCCCUUUGCAGAAUGCUGUAGCACAAUUGCUGACAGGAGUGAUAUCUUGUCAGCACAUAACAUCUCUGCUCAGAGAUGCACACUGAUUGUCGAUUUGCUGCAGGGCCAGGUUCAAGGUGUUACUGUAUAUAAAGGUGCUUAGGAUCAGUUUACCUGUGAGAUCACCCCAUACAUGCCCACUUUGACCACUUCAAUCUGCGGAACCGGCUCUGUUACAGGUGCUACACAAUACUUGUUCCACAUUUGUAAGAACUCAAUCUUUUAAUGUGGUAGCACCUGCACUUCAGAACUCCCUGCCUAUUGACAUCAGUCAGGCGCCUUCACUGCACUCUUUUUGGUGCCUGCUAAAAACAUUUUCAUUUAGGCAAGCCUACCCAGAUAUUUGGGAUGCGGGUGGCGCUGUGGUCUAAACCACAGAGCCUAGGGCUUGCCAAUCGGAAGGUAAGGUUCCAGCAGGAAGGUAAAUGGCGUUUCUGUGUGCUGUUCUGGUUCGCCAGAAGCGGCUUAGUCAUGCUGGCCACAUGACCCGGAAGCUGUCUGCGGACAAACGCCGGCUCCCUUGGCCUAUAGAGCAAGAUGAGCAUGCAACCCCAGAGUCGCCUGUGACUGGACCUAAUGGUCAGGGGUACCUUUACCUUCACCCAAAUAUUUAGAAUGCUGAUGUGUUUUUAGUUGAUUGCUGGUCUGGAUUUUCUGAAUCUUUUAAUUGUUUUACUAAUAAUCUUACCGUUUAUUCUUUCAGUAAACCGCUUUGAGGUUUUUGACGAUCAAGCAGUAUAUAAAUUUUAUGAAAUAAAUAAAACUAAGUGGGUUUGGGUGAGUGUCAAAGGGCAGAGCUGGAUAUAGCACAGAUCUUGUCCUGCUGCAUGCCCUAAGCAAGCCUCAUGCCCUCGGGCACAAUGUCCCGGUCCCAGUGUUGAUGUAUAAGAUUCACUGCUGGUCUCAUUCGUAUAUCUUAUUCAUAUAAUUUAUACAGCACUUGAUUAUUUAAAAAAACGAAAACCUCAGAACGGGUUACAAAGAAAAGAUAAAUCAAUAAAAUUAUCAAUAAGAAAAAGUGGCAUCAACAAUUUAAAACUUUCAGGAAGUUAAAAUUACAAUAGACCAAAAGCAAAUUAAUACUCACACCCGCUUUCUAAAUGUCUAAGCUUGUCUAAACAAGAAAGAUUUUAGCAGGUGCUGAAAACAGAACAAUGAAGGCACCUGCCUGAUGCCAAUAGGCAGGGAGUUCCAAAUGCGGGUGCUGCCACACUAAAAGAUUUGAGUUCUUACCAAUGCAGAGUGGGUAUUACGUGGCACCUGUAACAGUGCCAGUUCCACCAAGCAAAGCAGUCUUGUCCUUUGUCUCCUGGCUCAUCCACACUUCCACUUGUCCUGCCACUUUCCCCCAGGAAAACCUGCUCCUUACCGCUGAAUCAGAACAAACGUCAAAAAGCAUUUCUGCAGAUUGAUGAUUGUUCUGACUUGGCAGUAAGCAGUGGGUUUUCCAAGGGGAAGUGGCAGGACAAACGAAAAACCACUGGGGGCUGUGUUUUCUAGGCACAGGACAAGCGAAAAUGUGGACAAGCCCUUAGACACCAAAAUGUCUCGGGCCAGCCCUGCUGCUCCUCUGUUCACAUCUAAUGCAAAUUUCCCCUGCACAGAGACAAAAUGGGUUUGUUUGCUGAUUGUGUGCUUCAGCUCUUAAUCGCACAGUAGAAUAGAGACUGGAAUAAUUAUACAUAAUAACUAACAGACAAGUACCAUGUUGUUGGAAUUAGCCACAUGAACAGCAUCUAGAGCUGGUAUCCUCCACUUAAUAGAAUCAUAGAGUAAUAGAUAUUACCUUGGCAACUGCUCCCUUUCAUACAGGUGGCCAGGCUGGUGCAGUUCCUGAUUGAAAAUUCAGCUGAAAUUUUUGGAGGGGACAUUGCUACACUGUUCCAACAGUCAGAGAAAGAGAAGUCCAAGAGUGCGGGUGCCUUCCUAGGUAAGACCAUGGCUGACAUACAUAUCUGUUCAUUUAAUAUCCCCGCCUUCUCAGGAUGCUAAUGAUGGAUUACAUCCCAGAAUGGAAUAGAGACCAGAAAGGGGCCGGGGAUUUCAAAGUAGAAAGAAUCACCUGACUGGCUAUGCCCACAGGAUUCCUCCAGUCACUCCAGCAACCUGUUCUCCCAGUGGCCAGCCAGGUGCCUGUGGGAAACCAGCAAGCAGGACCUGAGGCACUGUAGAGGCAGAAUAUAGCUAUUGUGGCUAGUAGCCAUUGAUGGCUCUCUCCUCCACGACUUUGUCAAAUCCUUUUUAAAAGCCAUCUAGAUUGGUGGAGAAAAGAGAGAGAAGGAGAAGGGCACCAAGCUGUGGCAGAGCUGAUUUCCCCAUUAAUCCCCACCGCCCCAAAAAACCUAACUUGUCCCAUGGAUUUCAGUGGACCUAAGGAAGGGGGAUUCAUGGAGGACAAGGUUAUCGAUGGCAACCUGCCAUGAUGGCUAUGCUCUGCUGCCACAGCCGGAGGCAGUAAAUGCUUCUGAAUACCAGUUGCUGGAAACCACAAGGUGUGGGGAGAGGGCUCUUCUGCUUGUGGGUUUCCCAUCUGCUGGCCGCUGUAAGAACAGGAUGCUGGACUGGAUGGGUCAUUUGGCCUGAUCCAACAGGGCUGUUUUUUGUGUUAUUAGGUGCUCCCAGAUGGGCUCUUAAUACUGUGAACAGCUGAGAUAUUAUAAAUGGGUUGUUGGCAACAGGUUUUCUUUACUGAAUUUUCCUCAAAUCCAAAUUAAAAUGGGGUUAAAAUCCAAAUUAAAUGGGGUUAAAAUAGGGCUGGCAUUUUGACACUUGUGUGUUGGCGCUGGAAAUAAAAACCACACACACACACACACUUUGCAUUCCUGAGGAGCACAGCAGAUGCACAUUUAUCUUGAUGUGGCUUCCUCUUAUCCCCACAGGCCAGCUCAAUGAUUCCUCAGAUGAGAUGGAAAGUGCUCCCUCCUACCAAGGAAGGGCAAAUCAGCAUUAUGUGCAGGAAGCAGGCGGUGAAGGCCUCUUCAGCCCAUUUGAUGGACUGAUGCUCAAUGAUGAUCAAGAGGACUGGGAUUUGUUUAGCGAGAUCACUGCCUGCUAUCAGAGCAAAGCUGGGCACGCCAGUUCCAACAGCUGCAACUUCCUGAGAGAGCAGGGAUCCUUUUGCUCACACUGCCCAGUCUGCUCACUGGGGCCUUCAAGGAAUCGGUGCUCUUCGGAGCCCAGCGUUUGCCUGAGCUCUCAGCUUUCUGUUGAGGACCACGAGCCAGUGGCCCGGCAAUCCAGUUGUGAUGCCACCAUCAUGCACAGCCACAGUGAUUACGUCCGCAGGCUCCAGCAACUGCAGAUGGAGAGCCAGAAGCUCAUAGAUGAAGGGCUGAACCCUGGUCCGAGCAAAGGAAAGCAGAGUUUCUGGGGGGCCUACCCAAGCACCAGCAUGCCCAAGAAGCUUGACCCUCUGAAGUCGUGCCUGUCUAACACGUCUAGCUUCUCCAGCCUUUCAUCAACCACCACAUCUGCCUCCUCGCUGAGCUCCUUGGAGAGCGCUUUCUCGUACUGCUCAGAGUCAUCUACCUUCAGCCCCACUGAAGCCUCCACCCCUUCGUUCAUAUUUGAGACGUCUACCGAGCACCACGGCUUGUCCCCUAAGAUGGCAGAGAGAUCCUUGAAGGAGUGGCACAAGCCCUUGACCUCCCCAUUGCCUCUGGGCCCUUGCAAUGUGGGCGCUUGCUGCGGGAGACAGGUGGAUGACCAAGAGCCAAGCUGCAGCAGCAGAGUGUCAUCGAGGGUCUUCAUACCCAUAGGUAGCCCGUUUCAUGAGGACAACUGGGACGAAGAGAGGAAAGAGGCAGGAGCUGCUGAGAUGUUUGGACGCACUCCUGUGAAGCCAGACUUCAGAGGUCAUUUCCCUAACACCAAGAGCCAUUCUCUGCCAGCACCGCAAGUGCAAAGGGAGAAAUCUGUGAAGCACAUUGAGAUCAGUCAUCCCAAAGCUUCGCAUCGCGGCCAAGAAAGCCUGAAGCGCACCAAGAUAACCGUAUUCAUGGCACCUAAAACGAGCUAUCCAACAGCAUCUCCUGUAGGGCAAAACAAGGAGGAGACAGCCAAGAAUCUGCAGAGCAUGAAAAUUCAUAUUCCGCAGACAGUGUUCUACGGGCAAAACACUCCUUUGGUCCUCCAAUCUGCCUCAAGGAGAUACCACCAUGAAUCAGUGAGCCAGUCACCCCAGGUGGAGAUCUCUGAAAGUGUUCCCCUCGUGGAAGUCCCAGAGGACCCAGCUGAGCAGGAAGGGUGGCACACCAGGGUCCAGCGGAGCACAUUCGGCCAAAACCUCCGCGUCUUUCUCCCGACCUCCAUCCGCAACACCGUCCGGGAGUACUUCAACCAGGAAAGCUCUAAGGAAUACUGCAUGAUGAGAGCAGAAUCGGUGGAGAGUGAGCUUCUGCGCAACAGGGCAGAGUGGCUUAGAAGCCAGCCCCGCCCCAACGCCCCGCCCAAGAAGCACAGCGGUCGAAUGUUUCCAGAAGAAACCAUUGUCUAG